AUGUUUCUUGAAUCAAAUGAAGCCGGUGAUCUUAACUGUCUUAAGACGACGGCCAACUCUAUCCACAAUUGUGAAUCAGAUGAUGAGUGGUUUUGUGGCAGAUUUUGUUCAAAAAUCUUUCAGUGUUACAGUCCAAAUGUAUGUGUUUAUGCUUCGUCUUUAAAACUUAAACAAUAUAUGCAUCGUCUUAUUUUUAGUUUGUUAUAUAUAACGUUAUGUUUAAACGAUGAACGGUAGCACAUAUAUGCGAUUGAGUGCAUAGUCUAGUGGUAAAUUCCGAAAUCGUAUUAUGUACCAGGAUAAAUAUUUGGUACGGUAUAUAAGCAUUUUUACUUUUCGAUGAUAACUUUGAAGAUGUGAGCAUUGCCCAUAUUACGAGAAUGCUCUUUUUAUGCUCGUCUAACCUCACAGGUCAAACCUUCUUCACAAGUCGCAAAUCGAAACUGGAAGGGGCUAAUGUUGGCACUCCUGGUGAUAUCCGCAAUCUCGGCCCUUAUUAUCCUUGCCUGCUUCCUAACAUAUGACUGUACGUUUAUUACUAUAAAUAUUGCCUUUGUAUUAUGCCAUAUGUCGGGACAAUUAGAGAUAUAUCGGAGUCUAAAUUUACGUCCUUGAAAAUUAAAAUAAUAUGAGAGUAUUUGAGCUUUUUUAGGCACAAUGUUUCUUUUCUUAUCUCGUAUCCAUGGCUGGGUAGGUUUCAUGCCUUUUCAGUCCUUCGGCUCUUAGGUUUAACGCAGGCAGUUUUUGUAGUCGGCCUUAUAUGCCUCCCCAUAACCUAAACUGAUAUAUGUAUUAUAUUUCUUGUCCUCUUUGGGUUGCUGUUAUAGCGACACUAUAACGCGGACCUACCCUAUCAAGAUAGUGAAAUAAUUAAAGCUAGAAGAUAUGCAUAACUAAGAUCCCAAACCAAAAGUGAUUGACGAGGCACAGGUUGAGGACUUCAAAAACGCGUACAUCCGGUGUACGAAUUAAAACCUUUGUGUUGCUGGUGUGGUUUCGUAACAAUUCACGUGAUUGUAUGGGUGCUUGGACGUUACCGUUACUCUAUGUUUUGCCUUUUGCACGUCUGGCAGAAGUACCGUCAAUUAUUCGGGUAUAAUAACAUGUUUGACUGACACAAUAUGAACGAAUCGUUGAUUUAGUGGAACAUAAAAAUAAUUGUUAAGUAGCAUUAUAUUCUAUUAUGCCUUUGUUUUGUGUUUUAUCAAUAAGGCUAACGUGCCAUUUAAAAAUUUAUUAAAAAUGCUUUGUCAGAAGUCGAGGAUUGCGAAUUAAUAUAACUUUCUCCCUGUUUAUUUCAGAUAAAGUCGUCAAGAACUAUGGAAUUCCACUAACGCUGGACGAUGUAGCUGUUCUAAACGGUCUCCUUAACCGUCCAAAUGCUAUUUUUACAAAAGGUAAGCAUAGUUACAUUUGCCUUGCACGCUUUUUGGUAUAAUACACGUAACCGCUUUGUUAGUUGAGGUUUAGUGCUUGACAUGCCUGCUUUACAUUCAUUUCAGGGAAAUAUUGUUUCAAGUUAAAUUAACAAGUCAACAUUAGUCUGGCUCUAUUAAGAACAAUGACUGAUGUUUCUGGGUUAACAGUCAUUUAUUCCCGAUAGAAGUUAGCUUCUUUCUGAAGGUGCUUAAUUUAGAGGCAUCAUAAAGCAUGCUAGUGGUUAAUUUCAAUGCCGUCAAAUAGAUUUGUCAUGCUGCCAUUCAUGAAUAUGUUCAUUUAAUUGACAGGAAAAGUCAGGUUUUUCAACCUUGCCUUUUAUUGACCUUGCCAAAGAACUUUUAUUUUGUUCGAAUUUUAUAUGGCUGCAACGCUUUAACUUUGGUUGUUUUUCAUCAAUAGACUCAUAAGAUGUCAUUGGCAAUGUCUUAAUGGCUUUUAUGAUAACGUCUUUAGGACUUUUUAGUAAACGUCUCAGAGGUUCAUAAAAUAGGUUUGACUGACUUCGAAAAAACAGUAUGUUCAAAAAGAACAUUUUAAAAAUGGAAAGUCAGAAUACCACUCAAAUAUGCAUAAAAACUAAGGUCAAAAGUGAAUCCCGAAUGGUCCUUAGGCCUUAACACCUAACGUUACAGAGUAAUUGUUCUUUAACGAUUUUACCAGUCUUUUACAUAAACUCUGAUUCAGAGGCGUAAUUAUGCAGUUAUUUCAUAAGAAAACCCAGCAAAAGUAAACGCCUACCCUCAAAAAUUUCUUUUUGAUGACACCUGCUAUGCAUAAAGUAUGAAAUAAGACAUCAGAAUAGAUGUUUUUUAAAGCAUUGCUUAGGCCUUUUUGUCAUUUUUGUUAUGCACAACUAAAUUCAGCACUCAUUAUUGUAAAAAGUUACCUGGCACUCUAUGCCUUCAAUGGCUCUUUUUGCGAUUAUGUCUCUAUUUCAGACCACCUCGUGUACAUGGCAGAAAACUUUUCCAUAAUUGCCAUCGACAUUAAAACAAAUCAAAGCAUAAUUCUACUGACAAAUGACCAGUUGCGGGAGGCAAGUCAAAAGGAAUUUUUGCUUGUACCAAUCUCUUUCCGGGCCUGCUUUUGCUUUUUCUGCUUUUUUAAUCACUUGACUCUCUAUUAUAAAAGACGAUUGCAGCACCAACCUCAACUGGGACAAAGAUAGCUCUAAGUACUUGCUGUUGUUUUUGUCUGGCAGUAAAUCAUAUCUAUGCAUGAACGUGAAUAGGCCCAUCUGUCGGACGUUAAAAGACAAUUUACAGGUACAUUUUUUAAUAAGAACCAGCACAUGUGGACCCCAGUUGUGAGGCUGUUACGCAACUUUACUUUUACGUCUGAACAGGUAGACAGCACAGGCCUCAAGCAGCGUUUGAGUUUUGGGUAUCGCUGGCUAAAAAGCACUGGACGGUUCAAUAGUUUUGCUUAGAAGUCGGCCAUCAGUUUGAGUUUUCUGCGGUGGCAACCUACUCAGCAGGUUUCAGUUUGAGCCUAGAUAAGGUUUUGAGUGCAUUGAUACAUUGCGACACUUCCUGCGGAUACCACUGACAAGGUGACUCAUUUCCUUUGCCAGUGCGCUACUACGGGUCUUGGUCGCGCCGCAGUCGGCUGAAGAACCUUUACCUAGCCUCCAAGUUCAUUAAUUAUUAGAGUUUUGCGUAUUUCCGUUGUGUGUUAUCUCUUUGUGCUGCCGUAUUUUAAGUGUUCUAGAGAUUCGCCUUGGAAUAAACACAUUUUGAUAACCUGCGUCUUGGCGGGAGGAGAGCUACUGACUUACAGACACAUAUUUUUGUUCGCGAUUGUCACGUUAUCAGCAAAGGUGGCGUCCAUUUAUCCACCUCCCCACAUUAUCGUUACUGCGGAGUGGAGGCGCCAAUGGUGGGGUUCACGGGUCCAGGAUAGCUCCUUUACUACGAACCAACACCUCUGUUCUCCAGGUCCCAUGAAGGAUGAUAUGGUUUUUUCUUUUGAAGAACCAGGCUUUGUUCUAGUGACUGUAACAGGAAUUUGCGCUUUUUCGAGGCAUUCUCCAUAAGACAGCAUUAUAGACUUUUGAAAAGCCGAAUGGCAAAAUAACUGCGCAAUGCGUCGCUUUUCUUUCGGAUAGACUGUGACGGUCCAAACAUUUGACAUUUGUCGAUUUUCUCCUACCUGGACAAGCACUUGAAUUCCACUUAGACGGCAAGCAAUUAGUGAGGGUCGUUCCCAUUAUCGCAACCAUCACGGAGGUAGAAUUAGGGAACUGUAACUUGAUUAAUUAUUAGUGUCAUAUUCAGAUUUCGUUAUCAAACCAAAUCCAGUCUCUCCAAGAUCUUGUGUUAUACUCAAAUGACAUAAGAAGAGCGUACUUAUGUAUCCCACGACGUAACCUAUUAAGCUGAGGAUUUAAGGAGGGCGGAGGUGUACUACGUCAUUUCCGGACAUUUGUUGAAAUCUAUCGCCACACCAGCGGCCGUCAUCAGUGAGGGUCUUCAUACAAAUUUUAGGUUCUUCCCCAUUCUUUCAAAUAUUUAGCUUGGUCCAUAGGUGUUCCUCAACGACUUGUUCUUCAGAUCGGUCAGCACAUUGAUCUAAGUCUGUGUUAUUUUUUGAAUCAUCGUAGCAGGCGCUUUCACUCUCCAUGACUACCUUAGUUGUUUCAGGCGAUGCUCCUCCCCCACAUCACGCUCGCUAAUCCGCCCUAAGCUUUACAUACUUUCCACCGCCAAACGUUGACUUUUGUCUACUCCACUAGAACUUUUCAACUAGCCUCUGAGUCUUCGAAAUUAACUGAGGUUCGUCUAUGUCCUCUCGUUGCAAUAUUGUCAUUUCAUAUGGCCGAAGUGACCUGCGUGAAUCAAAUGCGGCACUCUCUGGUGCUUAAGUUCUCGGGCUAUGUUCUGAAUCUGCUGAGUCCCUCAGACCGAUUUCCCUUUUCCCGUACGAACGACGGCAACUCAGAAGUCUGUCUGUGCUUAAGCCUCUCAAGAUGUGUAGUCCACCGGGAUACAACAGCUCUCUGACUUCAGGUGGUUCGAAAUAAUUCAAAAAGUGACAUAUAGAGAUUCCCCUUGAUCUCAUCAUUCUACACGCGUGACCAAUUUCUUAUUCAAGUCAAGAAACACCUCCAUUAGCUCUUGACAGGGUUGGUUAGAGUUGACCCACUUAACUUGACGAUUGUUACAUGCGCUGAGGUCAACCAAGACCUUUUCAUUCCCAUAAAUCGCUAAGAAAAAUGGUUCUUUAUUGAAAACAAGUAUUUAGAAGGAAGACAGUGCUGGUAGAAGGUAGAUGUUCGUGAUAUUGUUGAUGUUGAUAGUGGCGGGGAUUUUUCUGUUUUUGAAAAGCAUACCGAUUUACGGCACUAAAAGGUCAGGUUCUGCUGGUCGGCGAUUAAGUGGUAAAUGUGAUCUUUGUCUACCAGUAUUUGAUGGCCCCACCUCCUAUUUUAAACUGUUCUUGACAGUCCCGUGUGUCCGUCUUAUAAUUGCUGAAGACCUCAAGCGCCUCGAUUCUCCUUAGGAAGCCGACGUCUCACUGAGCCAACCAGAGGCCCAGAUCACGGCACUGUUUUUAAGUAGUAAACGACAAGACUGUGCGAUUCAUUCUGUUAUUGGAUUUCGCCUGAACCUCUUUCGCGAGUGGCGCCAAGGCAGGCCCUUGGGAGCCGUUAUGAGUAGUCUUUCAGUGCGGGGAUUGAUGGAACACUGUGUUAGGGUGAGAAGAGCGUUUACGCAUCCGGUCGCUGGACGUGUUCGUUUUGUGCUGCUAGCUAAUGAGAUAUCUCGGUCCUUCUCAUAAUUGAGAGCCAGACUUAGUGGCUCCUUCUGAAUGCGGCCUGUAUGAUUCGGGCGGGAUCCGACCCUCCCACUUUCAUGAGAAAUUGGUGCAUUAUGCGCGAUCCAGGUCGGGUGAGAGCCGCGUAGACGAGUUAUUUAUCUUCGCCACUGCGCCUAAGUCACCGACCGACUGUCCUGACCGUCUUUCCGCCGGAUCCAGUUAAGUGAGGGAGAUAGUGAGGUAGGUGGAGUGCAAGUCUGCUAUCGGGAUCUACUAGUCCACGCGCAAGCCACCGCUCUGCAUCUAUCAUGCUCUGGAACACGCAAUCGGAAAUUAUCGUUUUUGUUGGAACUGAGCUGAUUUUCUGACGUCUUGGAUUCGAAUGUGGACGUCUCCAAUCGCUCCUCCGGCAAGUCACCAGCAAGAGGCUUUUGCGGCCCUGUGAUAAAGAAAGACCUUGAUCGGAAUAACUACUAUUCACUUCGGAUUUCACGGUCUUUCUGUACCAGCAGUGCGCAGUCAGCGUCGUUGGCAUACCCAGAACUGGAACCAACUCCCUCGUGCCUAGUCAACAUUCGAAGAAGGGACUCUCAUCCAUUUAGAAGAUGAACAUCCUCAUUUCGAUGACCCAUUGCAGCCGAUGACUGAGCCCAUGCUCUAUCUCUUGUUAUUCUUGUUACAUUAAACUGAGGAGGUUCAGACGAAGCGUCAAACGCUAAGUGGAUUGACAAGGCAAGUAUAAGAAACAAUUCCCGUGACGUACAGGAAGAAUUACACUUCCUAAUUCCUCGGCACUUUACUCCAAGUUGCUUUGCACGACCUCUAUCCUGAUUUGCAAACAUCGGGCUAUUCUCUGAGCGCAAGUCCUGCUGGAUGAACAUAACAAGUCUCCUUACUGCGUGUGGAUGCGAAAUGUGGACAGACUACACGGAUCCCAGUUUUACCUCUUCCUAGUCACGUUUGUAAGGCCUAAACCUUAUUACUAGUAGACUUUAGGUGCCUGAAUUUCCUGUGGGUCUUCCAUUUGCCAUUUUCAUACCUGAACCGUCUCAAAGCUUUCAUAAAGUUUCAUCAGCUCUUUUGCCUCUACAUUACACAGAAACCAAACUGCACCGGCAUAUUCUCCGUUUCUGAUGACAUGUCAGCGAUCCUACUGCGAUACACAUACAUUCCCGUGAGUUGCGUUCUUAUUUUAAGUCAAUCUUUAUGCCUCGUACGUCCUCUUUCGCCCUACAAUUUGUAUGAUUUGGCUUGCGUAGGAUGUAACAUAUCUCAGAAAAUGCUUAAAUUUUACCUCCAAACCCCAGUACUGCAGUGCCCUCUGUUGAUGCAUGAAAUAUUUUUGUGAUCCCUUUAUCACCAGUAUUACGGUCACAACGUGUGUCCUUUUGUCAAAAGGUUCUUAAAAAGUUCUCAAAGAUUUUUAACUGUCUAUUGACUGCCAGUUCUAGUGUUGAUCAAAUUUUACUAAACUUAGCGCUUGCAUCUCCUAGUUCGGUCUCGAUGCAACGCGAUAUCUGCGAAAAUCAUCGAAGGUCUCGCCUUUUGUAGCCCUUACAUUUGACAGAAACUAUUUAAUGACGGUGGGCUUGAUUCAACAAUUGUCAUCAUCGGCGCAGAAUCCACAAGCGAAUGAUUUGUACUCGUAUACAACUGCCUCACAAGAACCCCAACAGGGCGCUCCAUCAGGGAGCCGAAUCUUGCCCAGUAACACCAGGCAAAAGUAUGCAGUUGGUGAAACACUCGUCUUGACUUUUUGCUAAUGUCCUCCGUUGACAAUAUGAGCAAAUAAAUAGGUAUUCUGGCAGAUUGUGAGUAAUUUGUUUUUGACGCAACCGUGAAAACCUCGGCGACCUCGGUCGCACUCGAACCCACCAAAACAAGAGUCACAGGUAAAUUAUCCAGAAUCGGCUAAAACACCUUUUUUAUAUAAGCCUGGUAGGCAUCUGGUGGAUUCUACUUUUAUCGAUCAGUAAAUCCUGCUUGGCAGUCAGCAUACUGUAUCAGAUUUGGUGAAUUUCGGACGUUACACUAGGAUGGGUGGGUAACUUGACCCAAAUGUGAUCAAACUAGCGGCUUCCUGUGGGGCCUCGUAGCUCAGGUAGCUAGAAUGCUGGCUGUACUCAAGCCUUCCCCUUUCCUGCGCGAGGUUCGAAUCAUAUCGUGGUCAACGAGUUUUCACAGUUGGGUUCAAAAUGAACUAAAAUAUAGCCAAGGUCGCCUUGGUGUUCUCUUAGGCUUGAUCGAGUGGUGAUGUCAUUUUUUUCACAAUUAACGGCCCAUAGAAUCUGGUUAAAAUUCCGCCAGCUUUGCACAUUUCGAUUCAUUCUUUUGCCCGAAAACAAAAAGAGUCACAACUUUUGGCGCGAACCAAUGUCCUUCACAGAAGGGUUAAGCCAAUAUUAAGUAAUAACAAUGGUGGGCACAUAACUUGCCCACAAUCAUAAGCCCACGCAGUGGGCCAUUUUUCCUUCGCAUCUGGACCGCGAACAGGACAAGAUAUAAGUUCUGUAUUUAGUUUGCAUUGGUUGUCGUCACCGAUCAUCCGGUCGAAUCGCGACCCUUUCUGACCUUUACGAAUAACAAGAGGGGGGCGACUGGUAGAUCUGGAGUGAAGCACAAUUUCGGCGUUUUACUUCCUACAGAUGUCGGACGACGCCUGAAAAGAUCGAAAACAGUCCUGUGCUGUCAGAAGAAAUGGGGUGAACGAAGUAGGUACUAUACAUCUCGGGCAAAAAGGACAAUACGGCGUAAAGGGACAGUCCGAUCGUCGAUUCGGACGAUGUCCAUCGUGUGUCUCACAGCACGUUAGAUGCAGGAACGAUGAGUUGAUAGCAGGCUUGCGCUGCAUCUAUCGCACUCUCUCCUCCCCAUCCACCUGUAGCCGGUGUCACGACAGAGUCAAGAAGACUGGAGGCGGGAUCAGGUCCCCUUGGCUGGCUUAGCGUGUAGCCACACUCCGGGCAGCAGAGAUCUAAGUUGAGUGGGGUUCCUCUAAAGCCCAUAUUAAGGAGGAGCCAUUGCGGCCUACGGUAGGUGGGCUAACUCAUGAAAUGUCAACCGAAAUUCCGAAAUGCGUUUUCGUUUCGAAAAGAUUAAUUAAGUAGGGUUGUGAAACUAGUCAACCUGCAACAUGAUUCUAAAGUAAUUUAGUUAUCGCAGGAUGUCUGUUUUCGAACGAACUUCCAUUCGAAUGUAUGCAAAAACGACACUCGUUAAAAAUGACUACAUAAGUGGCAUGAUUUUUUUUCAUUGAUUAUCGAUGACCGUAAAUGCCCAAUUAUAUUUCACGGAAAGCAUGCAUAAAAAUAUUCAUCCUUUCACCUACUCGGUAGAACAUUACGUCUCUUCCAAACUUAUACUCGAAGGAAGGAUAAUAUUAACUUUUCAAAACGUUUCCGAUUCUGGAACAAUUUAGAACCCGCUCUGCCCUUACAAUUUGAUUCAGUGUUUCCAAACUACAAACCGUAUAUUUUACGCGCAUGGAAAACCACACGUUUCUCUACGGUAUUAGAAUGAGACCAUAUAGGUUUCCUAAAAUUUAGCAAUGGAUUUGAUCCGCUUUGUUAACUUUACAAACCACUUUGGUAAAUGCGGAGACAUGACGUUUAAAAAACGGCCUUUUCACGGUGUUAAUAAGUAUCACAAUAAGAAACUUUUUAAAAACAUAAUAAUGCUCCUCCUUUGAGUAUAAGUUUGGAAGGAGACGUAAUUUCUUACCGAAUGAGCUAAAGAAUGAAUACUUUUAUGCAUGUUUUCCAUGAACUAUAAUUGGGCAUUUACGGUCAUCGAUAAUCAAUGAAAAAAGUCAUGCUACAUAAGUAGUCAUUUUUUACAGAGUUUCGUUUUUGCAUACAGUCGAAUGGAAGUUCGUUCGGAAGUCGGCAUCCUGAGGUAACUGAAUUACCAUAGAAUCAUGCUGCUGGCUGAUUAGUUUUACAAUCAUAACUAAUCUUCUCGAAGCGAAAACGCAUUUCGGAAUUUUUGUUGACAUCUCCUGAGUUAGCCUACCUACUGUAAGUCACUGCCAUGAGAUGAGAACAGAGUAAUCUCAUCAGUUGGCAGCCUUUCGCGCCACUGCUUUUAGCGCAUUACGAUGAAUUCAAGUCCGUCAAACUGUCUUUAGUGACGAAUAUGCGCUGAGGCAUUUGACCGCAAUCUCUCUCCUCUCUCUCUCUCACUCUCCCAGACACCACUCUGAGUUCGGGGCCGGUCAGUUGUCGGAUACGGGGAUUGGACGCAGUGGCUGACAGAACUGGAGAACUCGUCUGAGGGUGCCACACACAAAGAUUUAACAUAAAGGCGGCGUGUACGGUGGUAGGCCCACCAUCAGACGCUUCGUUCGUACGAUCUGUUCAAGCGUUCAGGUAGAAGGGGAGUAAGGACGUCGAUUUGAAUAAGUUACAAGCUUAAUACUAUCGGCUUUAGAUAGUAAUUUCGGCAUUUCCACGUGAAUCGGUCCAUUUUUAACAUGACUAAAUAAACAAUGACAACCGUCCGUUUCGUCAUGAGUGGCUUAAUAUAAUAUCGUUUAAUAAGACUGACGAUCAAAUUAUGGUCGUCUCAUAACUACAAAAGCACUAAGGCUGAGUUAUCACUGUGUGAACUGGUAGGGAUAUAUGACCUACAUUUUGCUUCGGAAUCUUCCUUAGAUGGCCAUUCAUGUUCUUAAAUAAACAUUAAAAGUCUGUUUUACUUACCGAGUAGCGUUCUUCAGCUGAUUGCACAAGUGGUAAUUUCGAUUACUUUCAGAGGUUACCGUUCGGUGUUAGAUGGUGACUUAUAAAGAGUUAGGUUUCGUCGCUCUUAUUCCUUGCUUCUUCCCAGGUAUCGUACAGCAGAUGUAAUCUUAAGUUCUGAAAUGGGUUUUUGACUCGAAAAGAUAACUCAAAAGGGGUGGUAUACUUAUUACCAUGAAGUACAAUCUUGAAACAUACCAUUCACAUCAGAAUGCCGGCUUUUGAACGAGCCUCUUUUUCGUCGUCUGCAAAGCUAAACUCUGUAAAAAGGUCUACUUGGUUGAGGCCGGUUUUUUUCGAUGCCCUCAUAAAUUUAAACAUAUUUUGUGGAAGACAUACACCACACGUAUUCGUCGUUUUCUUUAAUCCGGGACACAUUACGUCGUUUUUAAAUUUGAUGCGUGAAGAACAAGCGACUGUUGGCUUUUAAGUUCCUAAUUAUGAGAUAUGUUUAGCCCACGAAAAGCGCACAUAUAGGACAUUGUACCUGCAAAUUUAUUAAUAUCGCUUGUAAAGCAAAAAGUAUGGUUUAACUUAACUUUAGAUGUUUAUAAACGCCAUAUGGUAUUCACCUGUUUCUGAAAGUAAUGUAUGAUUUUACUUACACUGGAAGUAUGCAGCUUGCAGUUUGGAAACCUUGAAUGGAAGUGUAAAGACAGGCGAAGUUCAAAAUUAUUUGGGAAUUGUAAAAGUCUUUUAAACACGAAUAUUAAUAUUUUUUAAGUAUCUGCUUUAGAGGAGACCUAAUUUUCUACCACAUGAGUACUAGAACAAAUAAUUUGGUGCAUAUCUUCUGUAACAUAUGAUUGAAUUAACGAAGUCACCGAAAAACAGAAACAGAAUUCAUUUUCGCGGAGUGUAGUUUUUACAGACAACAGAAAUGCAGCUCAUUUAAAGGUCAGCAUCCUAGCAUCAUAGUAAAUAAUACUAAAACUGUACUUAGGUAAUCUUUUCGAGUCGAAACGCAUUUCAGAGUUUCGAUUAGCAUUUCGUGAGAUGGCACAUUUAUGAUUAAGUUGUUACAACAAGAUAGGUUCACCAUUUCACUGGGUAACAAAGGGCAACAGUAAUGCAGACAGUAUCUGAAUAUAUGAUUAAAAAUCCAGUUUACCCAGUAAAAACGUCAAGUCCAACAUCGUGACACCUUGGCACAACCAUCUGCUGCAGGUACCGUACUCGUUGCACAAUCCAUGUCAGUAGUAUUUUGAAGACCACCGACUGUUGAAAUUAACGCUCACUUUAUCGAAUUCAUCCAAGAGAUAGGAUCUCUAUUCAGACUCAUUAGUUGCUUCUUGAUAUACUUCUUUAACGACAGUAUUCGCCGAAGCUUUCUACCAGCAAAUAGCAAUGCGCUCUUAUGACUGCAAAUUACAGGACAUAAAUCACAAAUAAAUUUCACUGCAAAAACCGGAUUAACCAGCGCACUGCUGUCGAAAUGCCUGCUAAAACCAGUGUCGAAGUCAAGAAGUCUAAAUCUUUUCGAUGUUUAGCCAAUAUACACUGCUUCGCCUGGCAAAGAAUGAAGCUACACGUCCUCUGGAGCCAAAUUAUGCAGUGUGCGUGUGUGGUCAUUAAGUGGGCUAUUUAUAUACACUUUAGACAUGUGAGAUUUGCUGCCCAUUCAGCGGUAUAUGGAUUGCGCCUAGCAGGUUUCUGCCAGGAACCACACGAAAAUUUCAUUGACAUCCGUCGCCCAUACUUAUGAAUUUUAUAUCAGACGCAUAUCCCACAAAGUGGCACAAAUUUGAAGGACUACUUCAUUCCGACAAGAUAAGUGGAUGGACGUGUCAGCCAUCAGUGACUCCUUAAACCAAAUAUGUUUCAGUACACUAAGCUUAUUGAAAUUCACAAGAUUUUGCUUUUAGGGCGCUUCUGGGAACAUGGUUAUUCUGUCGCUUUGUGCUGUUCCACAGUUUAUUAAUUGACGAAAUCACCUCCAUAAUUCUCAAUAUAUAAGCACUCCUUCUAAUGCUCAGUCAUCCUUCUCAUGUCCCAUUGAUUUCUAACCGAGAACGAUAACUUUCCUUUUAUUCCGGCAGACGACAGGAGUAGGUAGGAUUAGAAUUCUGCAGCGAAUAGGGACUAAAAAGUUUGUGAGGAAUUUGAAUGUGACGGACCGCUUAGCGGGGCUUGUGGUUGUUCUUGUCUUAUACCAAUACGCUCUUUCGGCAGUUCAAGAUUAAGAUUACAUUUCGACGUCCUCUGCCGGCCAAUCAUCGAUCGAUGAUGUAAGAUUAAAGGUAACUGUGCUGGGCUCUGUACGCCAGAGCCAGACCGAUAAAUCGAUUAACUGAGUUCUCGCCCGAAUCCCAGGUUUCAAUCAACUUUCAGCUUGUUUUGUUUCCAGCGUGGGCGAUUACCUCAGUGGCUGCGAAAUUGAGUUCAUGACCCCCUUCGUAGGCGUAGACAGCCACUUCCGAUUAUUCGCCGUUCCGUCGCAUAGCCAGAUUAUGUUCACGUAUGCGCAAUCCGAGCAUUCGUCCCGUCUGACCUGUGUAGUUACAAGGACAGUUUUGGAACGGGAUGCAAUACACAACCCCGGAUUGCUCCUCGGGACUUAAGCGGGCAUGAAGUGUUAAAUUUCGAGAGGACUCUUAAUCUAGUCGUACACACUUUCAAGUACGGUGCUCUACCAGUCUUCUUUACUCAUACAUAUACCCGGAACUCCAACUUUCACCUCCAUUCGCCUGUCUGGGUGUCCUACUCUGCGCCUCAGUCCGGGAUGUGUGGUGUUCCCAUUGGAAAGCUAAUUUCUUUGGGGGAUUGACAAUUAAAUCAAUAGCCUUGCGGCACGAGGUGGUCGGUUUGUGCUGUCCUCCUCCAGGUCCCAACUCUCAUUCAUGGUCUUCGGAUGCUGUGCCCACUUUAGCGACCACUUCUUUCCAAUGACGACUACGUUGCUGUGAGCAACCUAACUUAUUGAUGCUGGCAGAAAACAGUCGGGUCGGGUCAGACGCAGACAGAGCUACCUGACAGAUCAUCCUCUGUGGCACAACUUCGUGCCACCGCACCAGGUUGGGCGGGGGACAAGAAAGCGUUGCGAUGUUUCUUCACCAUAUUAUGACUGUUGCUUUUUCCUUCUAACACGGCAUUCUACCAAUCGCGGCCUUAAGAGGUGGUGUCACUCGGUGAGCUACCUUGUUACUCUGAGUUGUGAUCCAAGCUCCACUUGUCUCCUCACUUGUGUGAAGAGAUGGUACCUUCUGGCGCCAUAACGUCCACAUUAACGUUGUGUCGUUUGAGGGGCCAGAGAGUGUGGGCUUCUGGCUUAAACGUCUGACUAUUCGCUGCACCCAAGUUCACCUCCGCUCGUCCUCUUAAAACUUGAAGUUUGGGUGCUAUAAAUUAAGGCAGGGGCGGCGAGGUAGCAUGCAGCGCAAGUCUGCCUUACUUUAGUCCAGUCUUUACUUGUGUCAGCACGGCUCGCUGGUGGUCUAGUACGGCUGAUGAAGGAGUAGCACUCCUGUGCGUCGGCAGGCAAAUGUGGAUCGACCGGAUAAGUAGAUGUCAAGGAGGCAUAUAUACGGCACAGUUGAUAAUAGCCUCCCUCAAUGACCAUAAAAUAAAAGACAAAACAAGCUUCUCGCCAUUAAAAGAACAUUUAAAUGGAGCAGGAUACUCGGCAUGGAGCGAAAAUAUUAACCCUCCUAUCCCACGGCUUUUGCGUUAAUUCACAGGGAGAUUAGAGUAAGUAUUCAGGUCAAGGCUGGGUUAGGGUUAGGAUUAAGUUAAGGCUUAGGACCAAAGCUUGGGUAAAGGUUGGGAUUAUGACAUGGACAUAUUCGCCAAUCCUGGAAUUUUGCGCACGGCCACUUGUAUUUCCGACUGGAGGGUUCCUACUCCGUAAAUUACAGCAUAUCCAAAUGAACUUCAUUGGUCACAAUGGAUCACAAAUUCGAAUUCCGGAACGAAAUUAAAAUGCCUACCUGAAUCUCUUCCAAUCUUUGGUAUUCUGUAAACGUAUCUUGAUAUUACAGUCAGUCAGGUUGGUUGCAUAUGCAUAUUCCAAUAACUAGUUGACUUAAUCGUCACAGGCGUUAUUUAAUCAAAGUGGGUCUAAAUUAAAUAAGCUCAUUUUUGUAUAACCGAGUCAAAAAGCAUAUGUGUUUUGGACACUGCCUCUUUAAAAUCGACAGAAAGAGAGAAAUUUGAAAUAUGAGCCCAGACCAGUACAUAUAGGGCUGAGUACAUGUGUUUGAUUAGUACAAAGUCUUGUUUUGCCAGGGCUUUUAGGAAGUUACUUUUACAUCAGACACAGUAUAUUCCCUGUAACCGAGAAAGGCGUUUAUUCAAGACAAACUAUGAAGAUCCGGAAUGUCUCACAUAUUCCGAGAUUCUUCAACCAGUUAGGGGAACUUCACCCUCGAUCCAGAUGAUUCUUGAUGACAAAGAGUCAUCCAUGUGUAUUGUGAGACUAACAUCAGAUGUGUCCUUGUCAUUCAACGACAACGCCCUGCAUGUCCAUGCGGCUAAACGGCCCUCUGAUCGCCCUAUUUGGGGACUCACUUUUCGCUGGCGCGGCUGCGGAUAUUCCAUUGGUCAAUCGUUUGGUAUUCGCCGUUUGUUUCCAGUUGAAUCGAAAUCUGACCAGUCGUGUCCACAGUACUCCAAUCCCCCCACACAACCCGUAUGCCAAGAAGAGAUGUAGAGAGGGCCAUCAGCGAUUACAAAACGAGUAAAUGACACUAAUCAUCGCUAAAUGGCGCAGAAUCCAGCCAGCCCAAACAGUUACGGCAAGACGUAUGAUACGCACAUCGAUGCAGACAUCAUGAGCCAACUGGUUUAUCCGGCCAAAAUAUUUGAACUGGAAUGCUUCCUCAAUAGUUGAAAUAUGUUGCGUUACACAAAAAAGCACAGCCACGGGAUGUUUAGUUACUGUUUUCCUAAACAAAAGAAAAUGCGUCGCUGAAACUGUUUCGGCCGACAAUGAAAAACGAGUUCUAGUAAUGGGUUAUCUAAAAAAUCUGCUGGAAAACAUAGACCAUAUUUAACUUUGAGCUGAUGUUUGAGCGGAGAUGUGAAGAAUUACUUGAUCUUCACUCCUUAGGCACAUUUUGCCGGAAAACAUUCUAUAUUGAGAAAUGAAGGCUAGAAAUGUUAACCUCAGACAUUAGUUACAUGAAUAAGGCAGCCAACAGUUUUUGCACACUGUGCUUCUGAUAACACCUUUUUGAGCGCAUGCAUGCCCUCAGCGCGAUUGUCGCUAACUCCUCGAUUGCGCCCCUUUUUAGCUGUACAGACGAAGUUUUCUAUCCUACUACCAGGCAAUUUUCCUCUCUACGUAAGUGCAAACUUGCUUUUCCUAAUCCGUAAUUUAAACGUAUUCCGGUCAAUACAUCAAAUCAUGCAGUUUUUACUGUGAACUUUGAUAAUAUAUAUAUAUAUAUAUUAAAAGGAGAAGGCUCAUCGGAAAAUGGAGGUAUACUCGUGAAUUUUCAAGUCGGUUACACCAACCCGUCGUCAGACGAAAAUGAAAAGUGUGAGGGAGAUAAUCCUACUGGGGAGUCAGGGGGGCAUCGAGGUUAUAUCGACAAGACAGACGUUUAUGUGUGGGGGUGAAGAACGUGUUUGGAUAGGUGGCGGACGUUAGGGGUGGUGUUGGGGGAUUCACACAUGGUUCACUCCGUGGGGGAGGUGCUGAAUCCAUGAUAUUCUACAUGGCCGAACAUGGAUUUGCAGUUGGUGGCUUAGGGUGGGCGCAAGCCGGCGAACCGUGAACGUAAGCCUUCGUAUUGAGCGUCCAAGUCGACAUGGCGGUUGAUGCUAUUGCUAUUAGAGUGCCAAGUUUCUAGAAACUCUCGCGCUUGUUUGGUGUUGGCACUAGCGAUCACUUCGGUCCCCUCCCAGUUGAAGCGGUGAUCACACUCAAGGGAGUGCGCAAACACGAGAGACAAGGGGUCCCGUCGGCGGAUGGCCAACUUAUGUUCGUUAAUGCGGGUCCCAAGUCGUCGGCCGGUAUGCCCAACAUAAACGCUAGAGCAGUUUGAACAUGGAAUGCGAUAAAUGACAUUUGUUUGCUGCUCCUUCGGUAUGGGGUCUUUUACCCGGGAUAAUGUCGUGCGCAAUGAAGACGCCGCUUUGUGGGCGAUGGAGAUGCCGAAUCGAUUUAAUUGUCAAGCGAUCGCUUCGGAAAUUCUCGGCAUGUAGGGCAGGGAAUAGAAUUUCCGUGAUACUCUGUCUCCGUUAGAGUCGACGUUUUGUGGUUGUUGUUGACGUUCUAGACCAUUUUUCACAAAGCUCGCGGGGUAUCCGUUGAGUCGGAAAAGGCGAUGCAAGUAGGCCAGUUCAUCUUUGAGUAAAUCGGCGCUACUGCAGUAACGAUAGGCCCUGUGGAAAAGGGUCCGAACACAGCUUCUUUUAUGGGCUGCUGGGUGGUUACUCUGAUAGCUCAGGAUGAUCUCAGCGUCAGAGCUUUUCCGAUGAACGCUUGUUGCGAUGCCGCCGUCACUGAGCUUUUGUAUGCUCACGUCUAGGAACGGGAGGGUGCCUCCUUUUGCAUCUUCACGAGUGAAUUGUAGUGCUGGGAAGGCGCCAUUCAAGCUCUGGUGAAAUCGCUCAACUUCACAGGUCUAAACGAUGACAAAUGUGUCAUCUACGUAUCUGAGCCACGUUUUUGGUUGGAAACUUUGCACAACAUCUUGUUCUAGUCGUUGUAAGACUAGUUCUGCAAGUAGCCUCCACACAUAAACGCCUGUCUUGUCGAUGUAACCUCGAUGCCCCCCUGACUCCCCAGUAGGAUUAUCUCCCUCACACUUUUCAUUUUCGUCUGACGACGGGUUGGUGGAACCGACUUGAAAAUUCACGAGUAUACCUCUAUUUUCCGACGAGCCUUCUCCUUUUAUUAUAUAGCCUCGGAAUGCAUACUACCUCCAUUAUUCAUAUAUAUAUAUAUAUUUAGAAAGGUCGAAUUCUUUGGGAAACAGUAAACUUUAUUGUGUAACUUUUCGAGACCGGUUCCCCCAGCUCGUUUUCAGACAACAAGUGUGCAAAAACAAUUAAAUUUUAGACCAAGUCUUGUAAGUUUAUAGUACUGGAGUUUCUACAGUUUACUCCGUAUUAACCAAAGCAACAUUACUCAAGUUAAGGCCGCAAGUUAAGGCGGGCAUUUGAACUUUUUGAGAGAAAUAUGUUCAUUGUAAUCAGUCUGGGAACAUGGGUGAAACACUAAACGCCACCCUGUAGAAGUGUUUCAUUGCAGCUAACAGCGACUGCGCAUCGUAGUCCACUGAAGACUUCCACCACCGACUUGCUUUGUUUAAAACGUCUCGUUACACAUAUACAACCGUCCCCGGCGGUUUGUGUCUGUUGCGACUUAACGACGUCACCUAUAAUUGUCUGUCAUUCUGGUAGGUCGGUGACAGCCUCUGCGGCUGAGACAAAAUGAGAGUUCACGGUCAUCCGUUAAUCUUCUUGGCCUGGUUGCCAGCUUAUACGAUUUUCAUUUCCGGCCGUUCCAUCUGACUCCGUGAAUAAAAGAUAUGCAGACUUUCUGGGAUAAAACACGAACAAAAGAUCAUUAAACUAGCGACAACUGUCGGGAAAAAUUCCUUGAAAUUUAAAUGAAAGGUCUCACAUGCGUGUGGGGGGGCAGUUUUUCUGGAAGCCGGAUUUCCUGUUUCUGGGAGCUGUCAGCCAGCUCAGGAACUUCAUCAGGUGUGUUUAAAUAAUCUAUGGCUGGGUUUUCUUUCAGUAUGUCUCACGGUAGUAGACAAUGCUUUUAAGACUCGCCUCCUAACAAAUGGGCUUAAUCUCUGAUCGACUCUGGCUGUAAUUUAGGAAGCAGUCGCAAACUGUCGCGAGGUUAACUUUUGGACUGACUGGGUCAGUGGUCUGCAAAAUGAAGGGGGCGGGGGGUUAGGACCCUUUCGUAUCUUCUUUACUGGCAUGUCAGGAAGUUGCAUAACUAAUCACAGCUGAUCCGGACGGCAAACAUGCCGAUGGUAACACGUCCUCAGAGGACCUGGCAAUGCAGUAAGUUUUAGACGAUCGUACCCCGAGCCAAAUCCUAUCUAUACAUGUGUGCGAUCGGGAAUUAAAACUGCAGGGAGGUUAGCGGCGUCGAUGAAGAAGCUCGUACCGUGCCAGUGCUUACACAGCCCUUAUAAAACAUGUAACAAGGGCUGCAGUGCUACUUCUGAUGUUUACGACACUUGCACUCUUAGAAGGGCACUUAUCAACUACGUUUCGGCGACGGCAGCCCUUUGAGGUAUGCUGCAAAUUUUCCAUUUUAGCUUGCGACUAAAAGAUCCUAGUUGUAAACGAUGGAUGCAGUCAUCAGUGUCUAGUCUCGGUCGGAAGUAAUAAAUAACCUUUCAAGUUUUCACGUCAAUUUCUGAGGAAAGUAAAAGGACUUGCGAUUGAAAUCCUGAAUACUAACAUGCCAAAAAGCCCUUGGAGAGCCUUGGGUGAAAAACUGGUAAGUUGACCUCCUAGCAGAUAACUGCCGGACACUCGUUACUUAAUACCAAGGACAGAGAUAUGUCCUUAGUUUGACCACAAUGUUGAGAGCGGCCAAGUUAUAUGUUAUACAUAUUUGUUUCCAGUAAUUGUACUGUAUUCAUUAUUGAUGAGAACACGAUCUGAACUUGCUUACUGACCUUUUUAUUGUAUAUACAUAAAACUGAAAAUCCAGAAGAGUUUGUUCUUGAAUGAUACCAAAAUUUUUGAGAGUCAAAAUGCUUCUAGGAGGUAUAUAUAAACAGUCACCAUGUAUCACCUAUUUGCUUUGCAAAAGAGACUGGAAAUUUUUCUCUCAGACUCACUGCAAGACAUUUGUUUGGCCUCAUCCUUAUCCUUAUCUCCCCGUAAUUCAGCGCAAGACAAUCUAUAGUACGGUGGGUGGGUUUAUUUGUAAAGAUAUUUGAGACGCUUACAUCUUUUUCGUAUAGCCUGACUCCCGCGAGAUUAUUAAUGCUGCCUUCAAGAUAAGCACUUAGUUAGAAUACAGUUUAUAUCUAUGGAUAUAUCUAUGGUUAUGUAUAUACCUUUGCCGAGACAUAAAGAAAUAUACUGAGGAGGUACACUGAGCGUAGUUUGCGGGUCUUAGGAAUGCGUUGCACUUAAAUAUAUGUAAGAAUGAGAAAACAUUAUAAAGCCCAGAUGUUUGAUAUCAACUCGAAAUUAUGCACAUGCUAUUUAAAAGAAAAAUUUUAAAAGGGGGCUUCUGUAUUAAAUUACUCCAUGGGUCCUACGUAUAUACAGUAUGCUAUUACCGACAAAGACAAGGGAGACUGGAAUGGCCAUUUCUGGCUUCUUAGCCGUCGUCAACCAGUCAUGCCUAACCUCGAAGUGUGGAGCACUUGAGGCUCGUAAUCGCGACCUGUUAAUUAGAAGUCCAACGCCUCUAGCCACUGGGCCACGAGGCCGUUUCCCUGUCGGUUUCGAUCGGGAAUAGACAAUGGUAGGGGACGUUCAACGAUCGUUCUUACGGAGAUCACUCGUGCCGUUUUGCCUUACGGGCUCUCUCUCGAGCCCAACCAUCAGCCGCACCGCGGCGCAUGAUAUAGCAGUAUGUUAUUACUGACAAAGAACUUCGGAUGUUCGGCACUUCGGAGUUGAGUAUGACUGGCUGACGACGACUAAUAAGCCGGAAAUGGCCAUUCCAGUCUCCCUUGUUUUUGUCGGUAAUAACAUACUGUCUAUAUCAUGCGCCGCUGUGUGACAACUGGUUGGGCUCGAGAGAGAGUCCGUAAGGCACAACGGAACGAAGGAGUUCCGUAAGAACGACCAGUGAGCGCCCCCUACCAUAUAUAUAAAUAUAUAUGUAUUUACAUCAGCGUUGGAAGAAAGAUCGCAAUCGCUGAACCCUCAUUAAGAUUCCAGAUCGCAGCCAACAGGAAUUCGAGCCCGUGACUCAGAGGUUGAAAGUUCAAUUACUCCCCAUGUCCAAAGAUUCUGGCUUCCAAUUCAGGAUCCUGUAACCACGGAGGUGUGUAGGACUGACGACCGGUAAUAAGCCGGAAAUGGAUGAAGACGUUACUUUUACUGACGUUUGCAGCUGCUUACGUUAGAUCCUAAUUUGAGCGAAAAACAAGACAAAAUAUCAAAAGACAUUUGUUCCUCGUUUGCCAUGCUUCAUGCUAAAGCAACCCGAGUAGGGCUUAAUUCUGUACGUUUUUGCUCCCUCAAGAGAUUCCGAUCGACGAGUCCUUGCUCGCAUUGACAUAUCCCCCUACCCAAAACCUGCUGAUCCGCCUCUGUUGAACCACGCGUCCUUUUCAUCCGAGGCCAAGGCAAUUGUGAGUUCACAUAGAAUUUAAUCUCUUUCUUCAUUUUCAGUCUAUUUCUGUCGUAAGCUGACUGGUAACCUGUCGUGAUGCCAUUUCUUGGAUCCACUUUUUGGGACGGUUUGCAUGCACAUUGAGUGAACAUAGUCUGAGACACUUUCUUGGCAGCUGGAAUUCUUCAGUCUUCUAGGGCGCACAUGUCGAUAACAUCUUCUGCAGCUUAUGCAGUAGGAUGAUUCAUUGGCCGCCAACAACCUGCAGAGAAUUCAUGCCUUAACUUUAUUCCCAGAUCACCGUUCACUUCACAGGCGUUUCUGCACUUCGGGGAAAGGUCAUUUGUUUGUUACAGGCACGCAUCUGCUAUCGUCAUUUAAGCCUGAGUAUUACAUUUCCUAUUCAGUAACGCAUUUUCUAUCGGCAUUUUCCCACUCAAUUCUCAUUUUUGUAAGUUAAGUUUGAUUAUCAAUCAAAAAGUCGGAAUAACUUUAUCAAUGUGGUUGGAGGAGUGUCCCACAUAUUAAACUGGGAUGCGUAUUCCUGAUAUUUAUGUUUCCGGGUCCCAGUUUUUGCUAGGGGUGUUUCGAAUACUCACCAGGUACCAGACACCUCAAGUCCCUUUUGGUUUGUCUAGUUCCCAAGUCUACUGAAGAAAUCUUGGCCAAUGGAGUUCUUGAGGCCUACGCCAAUAUUGAUUUACGCUAACUGGCUUUUGCAGACUUUAUGUCCAAUCUGUUUCUACAGAGUCACAAGCACAGGGCCUUUCGGCCGCUUUCAGGGAUACUUAAAGUCGUAUUUUGCUGUCAGUCAUGCUCAGGUCAUAUCACAGAAUUCAGAUGUAUAGUUUUACCUUUGAGCCCCGAGCUCGAGAACACCUAGUUAAAACAAGGCAGUUCAUUUGCGCGAACGCUAUUUAGGUUUUACGUCCUGUUCUAUUCACACCUUCGCGGACACCCCGUAGACGAAAACAAGAGGCGCUGUAGCCAACGUCUGCAUAAGGAAACCUUUCGUGUGGUGUUCUAAAGAGCUGAUAUACACUUCAGCCGUUUUUUUUCAGGGAAACAUUGGGAGCAGCCGACAAACUCCCAUUUUCCUUUUUUUCUGUACUGUCUACCCGUCAAAGCUGGUUUAUUUUUAUUCUUUCAGGCAUUCGUACACAAGAACCAACUCUACUAUAUUCGAAACCCUCUGACAGUGACGCCACAUGAGGUGGUCAAUGUGACCGCACCUAUCUUCACCGAGGGCGUGCUCUAUGGGUUUGCCGGCUUUCUUUACGAAGGUAUGUUGUUGUUUGUUGAAGAGAGAUAAACUGCCAGGCCACCAUCUACUUACGACGCAGGAAAGCGGAGGUUGUCUUCUUAAGUGCAUUUCUAACGAAGUGCCACCUUGGAUCUGUGCCGCGGCUUUGGUUGAUUGUUCUCUCUCUCUCUCCCCUCUUUCCUCAUCUCCCCUCUCUCUCCUCUUUCGCCCCCUGUCCGCUCCCUCCCUCCCCUCCUCUUUCUCUCUCUGGGAACAGAAGAAACGCCAUUCCCUCGAUUUACCAUUUUCUUAAAAUAGCCCAUGAUUUCAGCCAACUUCUACCAGGGUAAACAUAACUGCCGAUACAAGCGAAGAUCCGAGUUACAGGAACUAGUUGAUCAAAAGAAGAAGACGAAGAAGAAGAUGAAAAAGAAACGAUCGCUGGAACAAGGGCUUUAUUCGCCUGACGUUUCGGAUUCUCAUUUGAACGCAUCAGCAGAGACAGUGGCAGAAAUAAGUGACUCCUGCACAGGAAGUUGCAGUAUUUAUAGAAUGAAGUCGCUAUGCUACUGCAUACCUAUAGUAACGCGCUCAUCUUCAUUAAGAGUUGUUGCCCGCUGGUGCGCUAAUGGCUUGGUGACCGGCAUGCGAGUUGUUAAUUGCCGAAAUGUCAUCACCCGUGUUUGAUGCUGACGUAAUGAUUGCUCGGCCAUCUGGCUCGCCGGCUUGCGCGCUCUCCGAGUGGUCAAUUACUUUGGCCAGCCUAUAUCUCAGCGCGAAUAUGGAUGUCGUUGCACUUGUUGGUUGACUGAGGCCCAGUGAACCAUGAAUCAAGCAACUCGCGGCUCAGGCAAUUAUUCUCUAUCGCGAGAAUUUCAGCCUCAUCGAACUUGAAUGUGUGGCUGGGCCUCGUCGAAUGGUCCGCGACCAGAGAGUUGACGUCAUUUCUCCGUACCGCUGCCGUGUGUUCGGCAAUUCGCGUCCGCGUUCGUAAAAGCAACCUUUGGAAACAAUUUUUCAGCGUCGAGAAAUAACACUCUAACAAUGUUUAAUGACGGAAGAUGUAACGUCAGUCAUCUGACCUUUGCCUCGCAGAUCCAAACAUUGAUGUAUGCUAGCCUCUGUGCCACUGACCGAGGUAGCUGGUUUGCAGAUUCAAAUGCAAACGCAACCUCUGUCUUCAUGAUAUCCGGCAGUGUAUGCAGACGCUUUAAGGCCCGCGGCACUGGAAGUCAGGCCGAGCGUCAGUAAUUAAAACCGCACGGUAGUGAGAGCGUAUACUGACUCACGUUUGUGUUUAUUUUCCUUUCCGCUGGCAGAAGAGAUUCUGGGAACAAGCAAGACCUUCUGGUGGAGCCCCGACAGUUCAAAGCUCGCCUUUACAGCCAUUGAUGAGCGGAAUGUUUCAAAGACGAAGCUCUUCUUCUAUGAGGUCGUAGGAAGAUUGGACGGUGAGGUGGUUGAUCACAGCUAUCCAAAGGUAUGUCCGGUUUAAGCGCGUAUACUCUCCGAAACCCGCAGUUUGGCAUAAAAGUAGCCAUUCUUCAGUCGCGUGCCCUUAGCACAGUGAGGUACGGCGGUAUGGCCGAGUGUUAUCUAACUAGAGCUCGUGAGCCAGGGUUAAAAGUUCACCUUAUUACUCCCAAUGUCCAAACAUUCGUGAAUAAUUAUCGGGACGUAGACGCUUUGAAUUUGACCACUGCUUAAAGCCUUUCUGGCUAACACGUCUGGUUACCAUACUCAGCGCUACGUAAACCACACUGAUCAUUUUCAACUGAACGCUGUCGCGUUCCGCCUGACGGCAUGCUAAUCCAGCAAAUGUUUCCCCAAACUCCAUUUUUAAUAGAUAGAAUGCCUUGAAGAAUUCAACCAGGUCGGAAUGAAGAUUAUACUUUAUUCUACAUUUAAAUACGAAGGCCACAGCCUGUUGUUAACUUCUUUCAAACAUUCUGGAAAUCUUUUUGACAGCUGGUCUCUGUCCCAUUUAAUGCAAUUCUGAUGGACGCAACAAGAUGCCUCACUGCGUUUAUGUGUCUUAUGUUCGAUCUUUUUAGAGAGCGCACUUAUUUGGACCUCAAACGCCUUUAUACAUACGAUUAAUUCAGUCUCAUCUAGGUCUCGACGAGAAUCAGUAUCGGUAGGCAAGUAAUGGCGAUGAUACUGAUUCGAUUCAAGGUCGUACCGUACUCAAACCUCUCAAGAGAGUACGUAACUUCCAUGACCUUAUAUACCGGUGUCCAUAAAAAGUAUACUGAAUAAUGCAUUAAAAAUUACCUUCGGGAAGCUGCUUAAUCUAUUCCAGUCUAAAAUCGGUGUGCCUAUUCAUAGGAAAGAAACUUGCCAUCCCUAAAAACGAAACGUAAAGUGUUCCUGAGUUCUUAUCCGAUUGUUUUUGCUUUACGACAACGUCAGAUUAAUCUAUAAUGCCAAGGUAAAUUUCGUCUAUUUUUAUAACAUAAAGUAUACGUUUUCUUCCCUUGUAUGUUAACAGUCCAAAAUUCUUCCCCUGCAAUUAUAGAACAGAUUCAGUUGUAGAAGCAGAAUCAAAACUAUGGUACACUGACAAUCCUAGCAUCAUGAGUAGAUUUCAUUCUAUCCUACAGUUUGUUGUUAAGUUAAACAAAAGACCUCAAUGUAUCCAUUCUUGUCAGUUGCAACCAUAAAUAACAGGGUUAACACAUCUAGUGCCCCGUUAAACAACAUCUACUUGUUUUCAGUCUAUUUGUGCUUUCUUGUGAACAGAUACACCAUUUAAGAUUAGGGGUUAGGGACGUUGGACAUCUAACCAACAGGUCGCGGGAUCGGGCCCAGGUGUUCCACAAUUUAGUGUUGCAUAUGACUUGCUAACGACGGUUUUAAGCCAAAAACUGCCAGUCCAGUCUCCUUUGUCUUUGUCAGUAAUGCUACUCUGCCUAAAUUACGCUCCCCUGUGCGGCUGUUAGCGGGACUUGAGAGAGCGUCCCCAAGACACAACGGAACGAGUGAGUUCCGUAGUGUGAUCAGUGAGCAUCCCCUUACCAUUAAAUAUAUGUUGGAUGUUCAUUUGACGAUCUGGCUACGGAACGCGCCCGUCUUGUUGAGUUUUGAGUGUUGAACUAGAACGCAUCCGGCAGCCUCACGGCGACUAGUAGACGGUAAUAUUAUUCUGCAUAUAAAUAUAUAUUUUUGACAAGAAACAUAAUUCGAAAGAAAUGGGUACUUUGGGAAAGAUGAGAAAAUGUACUUCGAAAAUAUUCGAGUUUAGUUUUCCAAGUCGUCCUCAAAUUUGAAGAAAGUGUGCAAAACAGUCAAAAUUUAAACGUAACUAAAAUCGAUAUGGCCCUGUCUCUACUGUGACUUGGGCUCACUUUCCGAUUGUCUAAGGUUUUUUUCCGAUUUCCCCUGCGAUUGUUGUAUACAGCGUCAGAUUCUGUGUAUCGGUUGAUGCAUGAGCUGUCAGAAUGUAUGGCCUCUAAAAAGUCGCAGCUUUUCGAGCCUUGUUAUAUGCAAAUUUGUGACUAGUUCUCCGCGUAUGCAUGACAACCUGGGACAAGUUGUCUCGGCUUUUUCUUGCCAACUGAUGUUCAUUUAUACGUGUAACCUUUUUUUAAUAAGAUACCAUGCGACACCUGUAAUACGUCCUACUGUGGUCGAACUAGAAAUUCAACCACUGCACGCAUAAGCGAGCAUCAGUUGGCAGGAAAAAUCCGAGAGCACCUGUCACAGGUUGCCAUGCAUACGCAGAAAACUGGACACACAGUUGCAUAGAACAAAGCACCCAUUAUAAGUGUCUGCUUAUCUACGAAAAGACGCGAUUUUUUAGAGGCCAUGCAUUCUGACAGCUCAUGCAUCAAUCGAUACAUAGAAUUUGAUGCUGUGUACAAAAAUCGCAGGGAAAAUUGGAAAAGGCCUUAGACAAUCGGAACGUAAUGCCAAGCAACUUCUGGCUUUUUGGUUGUCAUCAAUUAGCCAUACCUAACUUCGAAGCCAGAACCCGUGACCUGUUGGCCCAAAGCCCUAAUUAUUUAGCCAGGGGCUCGUUGUGCUGUCUGUUUCGACUGGGCAUACUACCAAUAAUAUGUGUGUAUGUAUGUGUAUGUAUAUGGCGUUUCUGUGCCUUGCCAUUGAAAUCCCACACUCCACGCUUUUAUGAGAGAACAUAAGCAAACGCUGGAGAUGGCAAAUAAUGCGGCGUCUAAUGAAAUGACUGUUUUAUGUCGGAAAGCCUCUUCUCUCGACAGCUCAGUAGAGUAAUUAAUUUUUUGGAGGCCGGAAGGACUUUUGCGGUGUUUAUUGCGGCGUUCAUGGUUGUCGGUGUUAGAAGUUAAGUGAAGUCGAGAAUAAUUUCUACGUAUUCGUGUAUUUACAUAGAUAUUUUACGGGCUGGAAAACAAACGGCAAAUAGUGUUCUUUCCACGGAUUUCGUCGGAGAAGUCGGCUGUUGUAAACUCACGUGGGAACAUGUUCUAUCGGAGUAUCUUCCUCUGAAUUUUAAACUUUACAGCCAAUCGUUCGCCGAAUGAUUUGAUGAGAAUAUGCCAAAGUUCCGAAAACAGUUGUCCAGACCGAGUCGUUAACUGACCUCGCGUAUAAGGUGUAUUUUUUGAGAAAAUACUAAGUGACCGAAGGUCUCGCCGUGUUCAAAAACCCGACUAUUCCAAUUUUUGUUUUCUCUCCUGUCAUACGACAGACUGUGAUUAUUUUGGCGUAGGUGUUUGUUUCGACCGAAUAAUUCCACUUUGGGAUUUUUCGGGAACGCUGAGCCGAUUUAAGAUCAAGGGAAAGCUAAGCGUGGCUAGUCACACCACUAAAAAGACAUGCAUACUUUGUAACUGCCAGUCCACAUCUAAGCCAGCUACCACGGUAGUAACGGGGACAUUUAAGUGGAAUACCAUGUUAUAUUUUUAGUUUGAUGCCACUGGGCGUCAAGUCACGUUUUGUAAAAAGGCCAUGUUAAAUGCCACAUUAGAGUAAAUGACAUUUAUGUUUUUCGAACCCCGUUGAUCGGUGCGAUAACUAUACAGAGCAAGCUCGUUAAGUGUUUCAGUCUGCACGCUGCUAAAAGCAAAAGUCUCAAGAGGCUUAUGCCGGAAUCUCCCGCCCAGACAUCAACCACUUACAAACGUCUUUAAUAAUGUGUUUGGUAUUAGACCAGUGAACUUUUUUGGUCGCUGUUAAUAAGGACAAGUUUUUGAGUCAUUAUAUUACAGUACCUGUGCUAGCUCAUGAAAUGUCAUGAAUUAACACAAGUAAACGACUUUAACGCAGAAUCGGUAAACACUACGGCUCCCAAAGUAUGAUAGCGGAAAAUAAACGAUGUGUCAAAGAAAUAAAGCAAAGUUUGGUUAAGAAAAUAUUAUUUACUGAGAUAAAAAUAAAUAAUUUUCAACAAAAGUCACAUUUUCGAGAAACGCCUAUAUUACAACCAAGUUAAUAAAGGCUACGUAUGAGGGCGUAUAAAGGAGGAGGGUGCAUAGAAGGGCAAAAAAAUUAAGGACAGAAACAGAUACAAAACCUCAGUACUUUGUUGAAUGUCCAUUUGAAUUAAUAACGGCAGAAAGUCUGUCAUACAUAGACAUGACGAGGUUAUCUAUGGUGGAUUGCAAAAUGUAAUUAUGGAGUAUAAAAUCCAAUUUUUCCUGCAUUGAAAUAGUCUUCUUAGCUUUGUGCCAAUUUCUUUUGACUAUUCCAAAAAGAUUUUCGAUAGGAUCCAAAUCGGGACCGUUGGCCGGGAUGAAAAUGGUUUGGAGGUCAAUUGCGGAGAGGGUGGUUGUUGUCUAAAAUGUUAGAUUAUAUUUUCAAGCGGCAUCAAAUUCGUACCUCUCUAGAGCGGUGGACAGGUGCAUUGUCGUGCAAAAUCACAGUAUCCAUUCGGCGCCGACUUUUGCCGUUGUAGCCGAAAGCAUCCUUGACAAUUGCAAUAAACACCUUGCUGUUGAUGGUGUCGGAUGUUGACCGCCAGACAGGCCGCUCACCGAAUGUAAUCGCCAUCCAAACCAUCAUCCGCCGAUAGUUCUUGAAUGUUUCCGUCGGUGUAGUGCGUUCUCUUGGGAAGUUUUUUCCACAUAUGACGGUUUGGAGCAAUUUCGUAGGCGUGUCUAAAAAUAAAACCUCAUCGCAGAAGAAAAUGUUCUUCCAAAAUGAAGAUCUGUAAUCAAUAUAAUUCUUAGCAAAUAAAAGCCGUUCUCUAAUUAGUUUUCUACUUAAAUAUGGCUUAAUCAUGGCCCUUCGCCGCUGCAGUUCAAAUUUUUUCAUCCUUUUCCUAAUUAUGUUCAUAGAAAACAUCGGCAGAUGUUCCCGUUGAAUGGUCUCAAUGGGCAUGUCAUGAAACUUUUUUAAUUUAUGACGAAUAAAAUCGUCGUCUUGCUUACUUGUGGACCGUUUGGGUCCCCCUAUCUUAUUUCUAUGAACAGUUUUAUCAUUAAUAAUGCGCCACAGAGUGACCUUGCUAAUAUUGAAAAUACUAGCUAACGACUCACGCGGGAUUGCCUCCGCCGCUAAUUUUCGAAUACGCUGGAAGUCAACUUCGGACAAGUAUUGUUUAGACAUGGGUAUCGUUUGGCGUGGUAGAGAAAAGUGACGGCAUGCCGCGCUAACUCAAUAUAUAUUCGUUUACGAUACGCAUUUUCGGUCUGGUAAAACAAUCAAACUGAUAAACUUUUUUUAUUUCGGUAUUUUGAAACAUAAAACUUUACGGAUUUGUAAAAUAGAAUUUUUAGAUGAAGAAUGGCACCUUAUUUCCUGAACAAAAUAAGAAAUAAUUUAUCCGAAUUUCCCUGAUUUUCUUGAUAUUGAAAUUUAAUUUUUUCUUUUUGCACGAACGUUUAUUGAAAAAUUUCUUCCUUUUAUUAGUCUUCUUAAACAGAUUAAUAAGGUAAAACAAAGAAUUUCGAUCCGAAAGCUUUAAUAGCGUAGGAAACUGCUUGAAUAUCAGGAAUCCUCCGAUUUCGCCCAAAUUCGGCCUGUUUUCUAAUUAAUAUACAGAUCCGUAUCAAACUUUCCUUCAGCAAACGGCCUUUUUGUCCUUAUUUCAACUAAAUAAACACAAAUAACAACACCAAAAAUACGCUACAGUUUUCACUAUAAUUUUGACCUCGGCAUUUCAUGAGUUAGCACAGGUACUAUAUUUGGUAGUCUUCAUGACCUCACCUUUUACUUGUAUUCCAGCAACUCUUUAGUUAUGCAGACUCACGAAAACAUUUCUCGGCAGAGAUUGGUGAAAUUUAUCAAAUUUAUACUCAGACACUUAUGCUUGACCUCUUCCAAACUGCCGCAUAAAGCUCCUUACCUAAGGUGGCGUAUGAAUAGCAAUCACAUUAGUUAGUCUGACUGUUGACUGCACAAUGUUCAAAGUCCGUUGGCGAGCAGCGUUACAGAAAACGUACUAGAGAAACUGAAAUGGUUACUUCAGCGUUAGUAGAUGUCAUCGGUCAGUUAUACCAAACUGAAUGACUGAUUGCUUGUCGUUACGUGGCGGUUCGGACUGGUCCUAGACUUUAGGGCAUAAAUGCUUUUAUCAGCUUGGCUACCAAAAAUAGAUUGACCAUUACGAGGAGCCGCCCUAACCGACUUUUUUACGUGCCGUCCUAACAACGCACGCCCACACGCCUGCGCGUGUUGAUAUCACGCCAGCCACCGGAAGAGCGCCCAGCAACUCAGAUGAGUCAGAAGUCCGGUCGACAUGCUAACGGCUCAAGGGCAUGAUCUGAUUGGCUUAUUUACUGACAGACCUUUGAAAUUUCUGCAUGUACCUUUUUAUCGCCACUUUUUCGCUGUUAGGACUCGGCAAUACACUUCAUGUUCUCGCUGUUGAGCUGUCAAUUUGGGAUUCGAUCGCGGUGAGUUUUAGAAUGCUCCACCAGCUGGGCGUUAUGACAAGAACACAGCAUCUAUGACCAUCGCUAGCACGUUAUAAUAAAUGGUUAUUCGGAUGCCUUCGUCCUGAAACAAUUUGGUUUGUUCCUUUUGGCAUUAGCUUGAGCCCAAAAUCUGAAGACAAACGCCACGAUCUUUGGUCCCUUCUUAAUACAUUGUUUUCGUCCGCUCAGACAAGGAAUUCAAACAUCGUAUUCAUAAUAAAUGGUUUUGAGACCACAACCUAGUGCCCUUUCGUUACAAUCGCUAGCAACCACGUUACCAAACCUGGUCGGUAGCAGCACAGACAAGACCAUUAAUCCCCUAGGAGUUGAGGAUAUUUGAUCCACUUUUCACCGUUUUUUUUCUGCGAGGCCAGUUUAUUUUCUGUCUGAGGAUUCGCACGGUUUUAGUCAUUCCGUCCGCUGUCAAACCUGAAUCACGAAAGCCGACUAGUUAGUACGAGGCAAAUGGGACUUCUUCUCCACCAUUUACCAAGUCCUGCACCACUGUCUGGGUAAGGCGGAUCGGACAUUGCCUGAUUCAAAUUUUGUAGCCUAUCUAGCGGCACACGAUAACUCGAGACGCAAGCGCGCUUGAAGAGAGGAAGGACGAAUGACAAAUGUCUGCGCAAUUAUUGAUCCACACAAAACGCCCCUGCCGACAUCGGAUGCUUACUGAUUGCAGCCUUACGAAAAUAAGAAUUUUUUUCUAGUGUCAAGGCCUGCAGCAAGGAAACAGCAGGACAAAGAGAAGGACAUGCCUCGACUACUCUUAAAUGACCCGAUAACCCUGGGAUGCUUUAAUUUUAAACGCGAAGGACGGGCCAAACUACGCAAAAAGUCGUGCUAAAAAUAAACUCGUCCAGACACUUCACGGGGUAUUUAUUAUUUGACUAGAAGAAGUCAUCGCUUGCUUGUUUUCGCGAUAUUUGCUCACUGAAAAUGUGAUUGCAUUUAUGGGCAAGCGCAAUGUAUAAUGGGAGGAAAUAGGCUGCGUUAACUUCGAAAAUUAAGCUUGACGUGGACGUUACCGGUCAUUAUUGUUUUUGUUUUUCUCAAUUAAAUUUGGUUUUUUAGUAGCAGGUAACGAAUGGGUGCAAGAUCCACGAAUAGAUGGCAACUCCAAAAAUAUGCCCUAAAAUUCAGUGUAACUGUGAACAUAACUUGUUAUUUACCGUCUCCAUUGUUUGGAAUUUCCUCUCCUUCCUGACUAAAUGUAAACGUACCGGAGGUGAUCCAUUCAAAGCUCGUUAUGUUUUAAAAGUUGGUUUUUGUUUAUUUUUUUAAUACCGCGUUCGAUUUCUUUGCCGAAUGACAGCAUACGAUAGGACUUUCGGCAGGCAUUUACCUAUUUUCUGUGUCUUCUUGCUCCCCGUCCUGCCUGUUCCCCCACCCGUAAAACCCCGUCUACCACCUUUCAACGCAUGACACAGUCCACAGUCUAGCUCGAGUUAGUCGGGGGUCCUUUACCUAUCUUUGCCCAAUAGGCAAAUUCCGAGUUUUUUUGCUUGCAUGAAUGCAUCAUGCUUGAUUUUAUUAGCUUCGAAUUUUGCUCAAUGUGAAUACCUUGAGCUUUAUCCGAAGGGACGAUUCUAGUCACUUUCCCAUAUAUCUAUUCCUUACCAGCAUCAUAUCGUCUAUUCCGAACUUUUUAACUUAUAUGUCCGUGUAUCAAUAAAUCUAGGUAGACAGAGUAAUGUUAUAUAACAUUAUUCAGGCAUGUUCUAGUUGUGAAUCUGACCUUGGAAGUUUAGCAAGUUAAAAGAAAAGGAGACGUCCACCGGGAGAGGUGUAUUGGAGGCCUGACAUUUCGAGUAGUCGUUCCUUCUACCUAUCUUCAGAGACUGAGAAGUCAUGCACAAAGCUUUCCUUAUAUGGCGCACUUUGUUGAUGCCUGGCCCGCCAAUGCCGCCUGUGUGGCUGCAUGCGACCCGCAUGUCGCCGUAACCUGAAUCCCGUUUAUCUUCGUCGGCCGCGGCGAUAGUUGACGGCCCCGAUUGUCCCGCGCCGUGACUGUUCCGCGUCAAGAAUGUCCGUAAAAACAGAUAGGGGAAGGGGGGGGGGCAAAUUGAUGUGCCGGUUGACAGAACAGUCGGUAGACAUCCAGGCUUCUUGCACCUGCCUUGCCGUAUGAUCAUCGCAUCGGCCACAAUUUCAAAGGCGUUAAAGUUGAAGACGUGUCGCAUUUAGGCGGCAUGGGUUACUACCUCCGACUUUGGGUUCAAACUUCGCACGGCUAACUUAUGCUCGUGCAUGCGCGUUUGCAGCUGUCGGCCAGUUUCCCCAACGUAGUUGCACAUUCCGCAGCUGCACUGAAGUCAGUAAACGACAGCCGACAUCUCCUGCUUAGGGAUCGGCUUUUUUGGCCACAUCACUUGCCGGCGGAUUGUUGAGUCGGGCCUGUGGAAAACGCCUAUUCCGAGUAACGCGAGAGAUCUGGCUACGGCUUUGAAGAGCCCUUUCAUGUAUGGAAUGUUCCGCCAUGGUUUUGGCUGACUAUGUUCUUCAUUCCGCUUCCUUGGUUACUUUCGACCCCCUUCAACGAAUGUUCGCGGACAACCGUUGGCUCUGAAGAGUUCUUUGAGGAACUUCAUCUCGUACAGUUUGGCGACUGGAAUGCUGCAGGCAUUGUUGAGAACGCGCACCUUUAACAAAUGUCAAUAAUGGAGUGUUAUGGCUCGCCCAGUUGCCGGUCCAAAACACACCUUUUGGAAACUGUGCUGCCUUUCCCUACGUGUGUUCUGGUAUAAAAUCGUAGUCAGUGUAUGCGGUGGACCAGGGGGGUGUGGUGUACGCCUAAGUGCGGGUUUCCGCCGUGCCAGCUACCUGCGCCAUCUCCCGCCUCCAGUUUUCUUGACUCCACCAGAACACUAGAUCCAGCUGUGGGGGUGCGGUAAAUGCUGCGCAAGUCCGUCAUCCCUUGUCACACAAGUCACCGUAUCUGCACUCGCCAUGCUGUAGAGCACACGGUUGACCCCGUCGAUCACGAUGGUUGAAUUGUCAUCGUCCAUUUGCAUUCCGAGUAAAGAAUGUCUUGUAUUGGUGACUCCAAACUAUACUCACAGUUGUUGCAUAACCAAACCGUUUAUGCACAAUUAAAAUACCUUUGGCGAGGCUAGAAAACUACUGAAAAACUUAGCCUUCAGCGAAACCAGACUGCUAAUGAUUGUUUGCUGAUUAGAUCUCCUAUAAAUUACGGAGGAAUUUAGAAACCCAGCAAUGAGUAGGAAUGCUCGCAGUUGUCUUGGCAGAAAUUCAGUGAACUGCGCUUCUGGACUUUUGUUUAUCACAUAUGCUUGGAGCAUAAGGAAGGCAUUCCUUAUAAGCAUAAUGCAGAUUCGUAACGAUUUGGUCUCCAGAUUCUGCAUAUGGUGGCAUUCAGCUGAAGAAGCUGCAGAAAUAGUGGGCGCACAUCCAGAAAGUCCUCUGCCAAAAAAUUUCGCCCUUUUCAGUUCGAUCAUUUAUCACAAAAAUUGUAAAUUGUUGCCUACGAUGCGUCGCUACCUGCGGACGCCUGCGAUGUACGCUUGUGGAAAUUAUCAUACUUCUGCUAUGCGCAAAAAGAAUGCCUCGCGGUUUUUGAUACCGUUGUCCAACUACACGUUGUCUUUGGGGCGCCUACACCUACUCGGUACCCUGGGGUCAGCGAUGCUGUCCGCCUCACAAGCAUGGAUUAAAAAAUCGAUUAAAUGUCAGCGAUCAGCCAUGCUUCGUCAAAUCGCCCCGAUAUCCGCGAGGAGUAAUUUUGGGGCAAUUAAGCCCGUUUAUUUUUGACUGUCAGUACCACAUUCACAAGCUUUGCAUUUUGAUUUGGGUAGUCUACUGACUUACCAGAGAGCAGUUUCAUUGACAAAGCGUCCGUUUUAACAUAGUGAAUCGAUGUUGAUGUAUGCUAUCGGUUUAUCAGUUCAGCCCAUACACAUGAAUGUUCUAUCUCAGAAACUUAUAUCCGAAAUUCUGAAAUGUGCUUUUGAUUCGAAAAGAUUACUUAAGUAGCGUUGAAUUGUCAAUUACCGCGCAGCGUAAUUUCAAAAUAUUUCAGUCAUGCCGGCAUGCCGGCUUCCGAACAAGCUUCUUUGCAGCUGUUUGCAUAAAAAACGACCAUUUAAGUAGUGUGCCUUUUUCUCGUCCACUUUUUUGUCCUGGUAAGUUUAAUUUUUUAGAAAAAAUAGGCACAAAAGCUUUGUUCCUUAACUCAUUUGUUAGUAAGUUAUGUUUUUGAGAAUUCGAUAAUUGAAUAAGGGGUGUCUUUCGGUUUUAAACGUUCCAGAUUGGGAUUUAUACGACUCCAAAAUGUCCAAUCAUACAGCAACACAUAGGCACUUAUUUUAAUGCUGUUCCUAAAUUGGACAACGUAGUUCAAAUGCAUUGCAAAAUCAAAUGAAACUUACAUUGUAUCUUCUUGAUAGCGUAGAGAAAUAUAUAAGUUUCCUUACAUAAGAAGUGUAUAGUUUGUACUUCGGAAAUCCCGUAACGCAGAAGCCGUCCACCUCUCGUCCCUCAAAGUUUUAUAGCAGUAAACGGACAGCUUUUCGCGAAAAAUGAAGUCAUAGUUUGAUUUGUAAACUAAUGCUUACCAGCCAAUAAAUGGCGUUUGCGAUAACCAGAAAUUCAUGGGGGAUUAUACUGUAUGUCACAGAAUUGAAGGUAAGUAAGGCCAUGCAUGUAGUUGGCCCAUUGAUCUUGUGGAAAGCUAUUUUCCCAAAGAACACCCUUGACUGGCCUCGUAAACUUGCCCAAAAAAUCAGACCUCGUCGCCGAAGUGCCCGCGCCUUCAGAAUUAAUGCCGGUGAUCGACAUACUUCUUGACACACAAGAAUCUUCUCCAAUCAUUUUCCUACUUCAAAAUGGCCUUUAACAAAUCAAACCAGGUUGUUUUCCCCUUUUCCCUAGUGCGCAGAUAGGUUUGCAAACUGCCGACUGUCAAUAACCAUAUAAGGCAUAAGAAAGUAUAUGUUUUAGUGUCGGACGCAUUGCAUCGUCGUUUUGAAUAUUUGCAGUCCGUCGUCGUAAAAACGUGUAUAUUUUACUACUAAUGUUUCUAUCCGUCCAUAAAUCACAGCAGACGAAAACUAUCUCAUAAUCUCUUCCCUAGGGCGCGAUAUUGAACAGUACCUGCACAUCGUGUGUGAAUCUUAUUUAUUUCAGCUGACUCAGUUUUGAAAAGCUUGGCGGCUUCGGGGGAUUCUAACGUGUGACAGCCAACGCUUUAGGAGACUCUGACAGGGACCCGUGAGCUUCAGUGAAAUUUGGCCCUUACCGUCGUUGGCUUUAAUCUCGCCGAGUCUGCCGAGUUUUUCACAGUUUGAUCGGCUGAACUCUUCAUAUAAAAAUGCCUUACGCAUUUGUUUAGUCUUUGUAACUCCAACAAUACGCAGAAUAAAUCUGUCACCCUUUAAAACUAUUAGUGCAUGUAGUGGGAAAAAAUUCUGCCAUUUAGCAAAGAUAAAUUUUAAGAUUGGAAUGGAUUCUUAUUUUUGUGGAAGAUUUGUACUUUACACUAUAAUUUGACGCGACAACUUCGCUAAAUUUAGAUUAUUAAAAAGGUCUGAAUAGUUUUUGAAGUCGAAGAUUCCGACUGUUUCCUUAGUUACGGAGAGAAUGCCUUGUUCGAGAACAUACUUAUACACAAAGACCAGGAAACGGAAACAGUCGGGAAUGAAACCCUGGUUGGACUUUUGUGAUUUUUAUGGUCCUCUUCCCUUUAGACAAAAGGGAACUCUCUUAGUAGGGCUCCUUUCGGGUGACAGUUGUACGUUUACAGCAAACUUUGUUUGAAACUCAUGCAAACAAGUUUUGUGGAAGCAGCUUUGCUUGGUGAGCAUGAUUUUGGGGAAUUCACAUUUCAACCAGUGCUUGUUUGCUGGCCAGUCAAGUGAGACCGCAAAUCUCAUUGGGAAUUUGUCGCUUUAAUUCAGAGGCCACAUCUGACUGCUGAGUACAGUAAGGCACGAAUUCUAUAGUGAGGCUUUCUACGCGGAGAUGAACUCUUCAUCCACAUUAUUUCACGCUAUUUGGUCUAUAGAAACGCGACCUGUGAUGUUCGGUAAGAAUCGACUAGUGAGGAGGUUUUGCUAAAAAGCACCGGCACCGGCUGCCUUCCGAGCCACGGCGCUCGACGCACCGUCUUCGUCUCGGAUUCCGACCACAUAUGCAGCAGGGGAGCCGCGUGGAGAAGGAGUCGAGACGCACACUUCCCAGUUGCGUGGAAGUUGGCACUUGGGUGCUUGUGGUGGGUGAUGUUGAUGUGCGGUGUGAUAGUGUGGUUUAUCCGGCGGUUGUCGGCCACAAGUUUACUUGGACGCGUAUGUGAACUAAUAGUCCCAUGCGGUGAAUAAAUGUGCAGGGUGCAAUGUGGACAGUGGAGGCAGAUGUGGCAAGUGUAGGUUAGUGCUUCGGGCACUAGUUCAUAAGUCGCUGUGCGAUGGAUUCGCAAGUGACCGACCAGGUCGAUGUGUGGGCUGAAAGAGCGAUCGCAAUGAGGACAGGUAUAGACCCGGUCCUUGUCACUGGUGUUGACGGUGGUAGCGUUGUUGUUUGUUUUUGUGUUAGAAUUGUAUGUUGUGCUGACGGACAUGGCAGACGCCACAGCGGCAGACUUUGAUGUGGUGGGGAAGGGAGAGGAGGAUGGUAGUGGUGUUUGGGGAGGGCGGUCAACGUUAGUUGACGGUGUGGGAGGCGAGGGAGAGUUGGAUAGAGGGACAACGUUUGGUGCUGUCCGAGUGCUGCAGUUGGUCCGAAGGUGUCCAACAAGCCCGAAUGCUGUCCGGAAUGUCCGUUGACAUCGCUGACACGUUGGAAGCGGUUAGUGGUGUUGGCGUUGUAAGGCGGCGGCGGCGGCAGUUGAGAUUUGUGUGUCUCGCGUUUGCCUUUGGGCGGCGGUGAUGCCUUGUAUAUCUUCAGUUUUGUGCUGGCCUGGUGAUCAUGAAGAUUCCAAUUUGUGCUUUGAAGACGGCCGAAGGCCUGGCUGGUCUUGGAAAUCCGGCGACAUACUUCGUCGUCGGGUUUCGUGCUACGGGAGAGUGUACUGCCCAGAUGCGUGAGGUUGUCCACCACUUGCAGGUGGGUCUCACUGUUAACUAAUUCAAGUAUUAAUCGCCAGUUGCGUGGCCAUUCUGUGGGGGCAGGCGGAAGAUUCCACCGCUUGUAGGCACAUGUGUCUCUGAAAAAAAACCAAUGCGGCAGGUUUGAGCAGGCGAUUAUCCUUAAAAUCUUCUAGGCAAAAAUAAUUUGCAUCAAUAAGUGUAUUUGGUGUGUUUGAAUAACUCAUUUUGCCUAUCUAUGAAAGUCACGAUGGCUUCGGUGGGAUUCGAAGCCACGGCAGCAACUGGGUCAAGUGCUCUAUUCAAAUCUGUCAAAAGCGCUAAUUCAUUAGCGAUCUUUGUAGUCAUCUGGUGGAUUCUGGAUUGAUCGCUUAGGAAAGUCCUGUUUGUACAGUCAGCCAGCUUUGUCAGAAUUGAUGGGUUCCGUACUUUUCAAUAAGUUGGGCGGGUAACUUGAACCAAAUGUGAUGAAACUCACGUCUCCCGGAGUGGACGUUGUAGCUCAGGUAGCAGCAGCGUUGUGAGCAAGCGAAAUGCUGUAUAUUUUACUUAUUCGCCGAACGUUUUCCUGAAAAUACCUUUUGCAUGCCCCGUAUGCUUAUUAACAAAUUUUGUUGGUUAAAUUGCUCACAAAUUUGAGCAGAAAUCUGCGUUCCUUUGUAGUUUAUCGGUUUCCUAAGCCAAGAACCAUUCUAGUCUACGUUUGUGAAUCAGCGCGUACUAUACUCGGAGGAGAGAGUAAUAUAAACUCGCGUUUUUUGCCAAACGCAAUUGGAUGCACUCGAAAAUCCGAUUUUUUCAUUACGUAGACAGCGUGUACACCGUGAACACACCAACCCACAACAGGAAUUCAGCGUCGUUUUUGAAUGCCGUCCGGAAAUGCUCGCAAGACGGACGCCAGUAGAAACAGCUACCAAUAACAUCAUCCCAUAUUAGUGCGCACACUUCUAAGCUCCGCAUCUCCCAAUGAGUUCCGAAUCCCUUGAGUACUGAAUACUGUUCAUAUAACCAUGAUUCAUUACAGUUGAACAUUGGGUCAUAUCAAUAACACUGAAUCCGCGUUGUGCUGUCGUAGAAAGUUGCCAUGAUUUUCUUUUAUGCGAUUUUGUCGCACACGCAGCCGCUAAUUAAUGUGGGCGUACAUUCUGCUAUGGCAUUUUCGUUCAAAAUAGCUGAACGUCGCUCGAACCGUUGUAAUUCAAGGACAUGAGCAUGGUAAACAUACUGUCGAAAUUGUCAAUACCGAGGUCCCUAAGUAACUGCAGAAGUAACAUCAAAAAGUGAAUAAUAACCGUUUAAAUAUGGAUUUCAGAGAGGUGGCCAUAGUUCAUGUUAACCGAAUGAGUCUGCCACCAUGUAUACUGCCCGUAGCAAAAUCUCCACAGCAACCUCAAACGCAGUGUACUUCGCGGAUGUUUUUGCAAAAAUCCGGCUUUUCCUUCCCUACGUGCUACCAAGAACAAAAUAUAGGAUAGCCAUAAAAGCAGAAGUUGGGAUCCCAUUGAAAAUUAAUGGUCUUCCUCCUGCCGAACAGGAGUAGUCUGUAGACAUUUUACAUCAAAACUGUAGACAAAUACCUCGCAAUUUAAAUUUAAGUUUCUCGUUUAUUCUUGCCUAAUUUACGAUGACGUCUGCUGAUUACAACUUUACGACCUUCAAACAUGAAUUUUCAUGACAACUGUACAUUUGAGCAUCACGCACAUCUCCAGCUUUCUCUCGUGUUCGCCCAUUGAUUUUGGAGAUAACACGCCAAAAAAAUUAUCCCUCCUUGAUGUCCGCUUAUUCUUAUACUUAAGAUUUAACUUCGGACUCAAACAUAUUUUGUUUUACCCUAACUGUCAGUAUUGCUAUUGUAAUACGAAUUUGUAUCAUGUCAUAUGUCCCGCGCAUAGAACUGGAACGGCCAUUAUAAUAUGGCUUCUGCUGGGGUAGCUGUAUAAACGAUUCACCGUCGUUACGUAGGCGCUCCCGCCUCUCUCUAGUGGACGAUGCAAACCAUUUUCAUGCGACUGCUCAUGACUUUGACUGUAUGAUUUGAUAUAGUGGGCUAUAUAGGUGCCGCAUGCAUUUGCCAGCGCUAAAUCCUAAAGUUCCCAUGUUUUUGCAUGUGGUUAAGUAGUGACUGCAGGCCCGGAAUUGCCAAAUCUGUUCUUCAGCGUUAGAAUAUAGGACUCGGUAAGAGGGGCUGAGGUUUUUCGUCCAUACGGAAAUUUGAAAGUCCAUCUACUACCUCUGCUCCUGUUUACUCACCAAGAUCAAUAUGGAAGCAGAUACGCGGGGAUCCGAAGUUGCCUCGACGUCCAUUUUAAAGACAAGUCAACCUAGGAGACAAGUGUGAGAGAGCUGUUCUCAGUAUUUUACCCUCUGGCGAGAACAAUUAUAAAAAUAGUCAGAUUUUUAGCGUAUUGCAGUCCUCGGCGAUCGGAUGAUUAAAGUUCAUAGCUGGAGGGAAUUUAUUUGGCACUAACGGUAAAUUAAUGACGAAUGUGAGGAGUGUAGAGACCAGAGGUUUCGAUCCGCGGGCUAUGCGGAAGCGCCAAAUGCGCACACGAUAGUCCGCCGUAGACAACGGCCUAUGCAAACUGAGGACGUUUUGCUUCUAAGACUUACAAACUCCAACUAUUUAUGCCGUCAUCUGAAACGGGGGGUUAUUUGUGGCAAACACUUAGCACGAUCAGUUGCCUCAAGUAUUUGCAGUAUCCGCAGCGCAUAUUUUUUUCGGACUUUUGCCCUAUGUCCCGAAAUGUGAAAGAUAAAGUCACGAACGGAGGCGAAUGUUUGACUUUCAUUUGUGUGAGUAGGGAAGGAGACUGGCCGAGCACUGGAAAUAUUUUUUGAUUUUUUCGAGCUUUGAACGCUUGUGGAAGUGUAUCCUAGGAUAUUACAGAAAACAUAAAAUAAAUGACAGCUCUGAGGGUCAUUUCUCAGUCAGCGACCUGUAACGCAUGUCUGGAAGUAGCUGCGCAGUACACUGUAUGCCGGUAGCGGGUCAAUUGACUAAGUUCUCAUCCAAGCCGCAAGCUUUAAUCCGUUCUCAGCUUGUUUGGUAUACACAGUUAUUUUGGUAAAGGAGAAGUUCAUCUCGUUAUCUAUUUUUAAGGUGUAGGCAGCCACUUGUGAUUACUCGUCUGUCCGUCGUGUAGUGAGUUUGUUUUCCUGAGUGCGCGAUCCAGGCAGGCGUUCAGUCUAAAAAAAGCAAUUACAAGGGAGGUUGAGUCAAGGGAUCCGGUAAAUUGCCCUUGACUUCUCCCUUAGGUUCAGUCAGUCCUUAAUUUUCAUGACGCAUGGUGCUUUUGGGCCGUGGUAGACCAGUCUUCCCUCCUCACCCAAGAUGAAGUCACUCAGAGGGUAAUGUGACCGUUUUUAAAUAACGACAGUUUCCCAUUCCCAUUUAGACGCAGAAUUUUGCAACAUAACUUGUUUUUAGUAAGUCGUUCGUUAACCUAAACGAUUCAAAGCACUCGAUAAGCACUAUAAGCAUAAAUAAACGUAGAGUAGCUAAUUAUUCGCCAUCGCCAUGUGAGCAGGGCCGGAUAUAUUGAUGAACUACAGGUAUUUAAUUUGUUAAAAAGCUUUGUGCUCGGAGUGUCGAAGCAGUAUGAGUUUAUUUUAUGCUUUAGCACAUGGAAUAAUCUCACAUUAAACUCAUCUUGCUCUAUGAGGCGAUGAGCGCUUUUCAUUUAUUGCCCUUUUUGAGCUCAAACAAUGGCCAUGCCGAGCAUAUUACGCGUACCUUCUGCUUUAUUGGAGUGUACCAAAGCAAUUUGCCAAUUGCGACAAUUUUUGGAGUACUUCAGUCAUUUAUACAGAUGUGCAUUUGCACACGUCGAACAAAUACAAAGGACAAUAUUGGAGUAAGGUCAUAAAUGUACCCAAAUAGCAAUUAACAUAAGUGCGCCGUUCUCUCUUUGAUGCGGAAGAGGAGGUACAUUAGAUGUACUAUUUCGUGAAAUGUUGACUAUGAAAUUCAAAAAUAUGUUUCCAAUUUUAAACAUUUACUUAAGUGUGACUGUGAGAUUAGUAACAGUGAAACAUAGUCCCAAAAUACCUCAGUCACGUCAAGAUGCCGGCUUUUAAGUUAACUUCUUUCCAUCCACCUGCAUGGGCAACCCUCUGUUAAAAACGACUACUUGAUGUGUAUGAAUUUUACCCAUUGAUUUUGGUGUCUUUGUAAAUUCCAAUAUAUUUUAUGGAGAACAUAGACCAACAUGUAAUGGUUUAAAAUCAUAUGGUGGAAAAUUACGCCCCUUUCAAAUUUUAUACUUGACAAACGAUGUUUUUUAGCCUUAAAAAGACGUUUUAAGUUCCCAAUUAAUAUUUUGCCUCACACGUUAUUACACUUGCUUUCAAGACUUCCAAACUACAGUCUACAGUAGAUGUGCCAACUCACGAAAUGUUUGCUAAAAUUCUGCAAUGUUUUUUGAUUAUAAGGGAUUGCUUAGGCAUGGUUCUAAUAUUAGUCACCAUUCAACAUUAUCUCAUAAUAAAUCUGUUACUACAGGAGGCCGACUUUCGAACGAACGUAUUUACCGCCACCUGCAAAAAACUGCGCUCUGUAAAAAAUCGCUAAUUAUAUAGUGCAAAACUUUCUAAAUUACUCUUGGUGCCCUUAUAAAUUCAAUUAUAUUUCACAGAAAGCAUGCAUUAAAUAUUUAUUCCUUUGAUUACUUGGUGGAAAAUCGCGUCAUCAAAUAUUAUUUUUGAGAGCAGUGUAUUAAUACGUGUUGAAAACUUUUCUUAUUGCCGAAUAAAUUUGAACAGGACCUGCCGUUAUAUUCGCAUUAAGGGUAUUCAAACUGCAAGUUGUAUAUUGUCCGUGUACGGACACUCACGCAUGCCUCCACGGUAUUAAAACAAGGUCAUAUGGGAUUCAUAGAAGUUGGCAGUGAAUUUUAACAAUAUCGUUGACUUUAAAAGCAACGCUUUUAAAUACAGAGACACGGUGUUUAUGAACAGGCAUUUGGUGCUCUUAAAAAUCUCAUAAUCACAACAUUUUAAACCUGAAUUAUACUUUUCAUUAAAUAAAAAAUUUUGAAGAAAACGCAAUUAAAAAUCAAUGAGAACAUAGUGUGCUAUCUAAAUAGCCACUUUUACUAGAGGAAAGCUUUCGCCUGCGGCCGAAAAGAAGUUCCUUCAAAGGCAGGCAUCCUGUAGUAACUUAAUCGUUAUAGGGUUAUGUAGCAUGGUGAUUAUUACAACCUUGCUUUCUUUAUCUUUCCAAGUGUAAAACGCAUCUGAAAAUUUCGGUUAACAUUUAAUGAGUGAGCACAUCUACUGUGCAUACUUUCCAUGUAAGGAAAGCCACACUGUUAUGUAUGCUAGUGUGAAGUUGUCGUUUAGGGCUUAAAAGAAAAUUCAUAGCCAAAAGAUUUUUUAAGCUGAAAGAUACUCUUUCUUUAAGUACAAAAUUGAAUGAGGACGAUUUUCGACACCAUAUAAAUGUAAGGCAAAAUACCUUCGUCUAUGUUCUCUAUUAAAUAUCUUUGAAUUUAGAAGGGCUUCAAAAACCAAAUGGGGAAAAUUAAUACCAUGUAGUCAUUUUUAACGAAGUGUCCUUUAAGCAGGCGGCCGGGAAGAGGACCGCUCAAAAGCCUGAAAUAUCUUAGGAUCCUGCUGCACAAUAAGUAGUAUGAGAACCCCACUUAAGUAGUCUUUUCAUUGGAAACGCAUUUCAGGAAUUCAGUCAAAAUUUCAUGAAAUAGCACAUCUACUGUAAUUUCGCUCACUCUCAACUCACUUUGAUGCGUUUUAGGCCGGCGAGGGUCCUCACUAUGGCAUUCCUAUCGUCACUGUGUACGUGCAUUUCCUGUCAACGCGUGAGACCGUUGAGUUUCGAAGACCCCCAGAAAUACCCCAGUAAGUUAUAAACAAAAUAUGUCCUUUUAAACGUUAGAAAGUAUACAUGCCCAGAUUUUCGUCUUUUCCUCCGAAUGCAUUCGGCAGCAGCCUACGUCAGGGUUCACAAGUACAGUCUUUAAAGAAUGCACUGGAGUGCAAAUUAUCUAGCGCAAUAAAAUGUCAGUGCAUCGGGGAUAUUUCUGGAUAAAUACUUUGCUUGGUUAGAGUCUAUUUACCAGGCCUAGGCUUCUUUAAUGCGAUUUUCAAUUAGUACCGAGUAUAUCAAGUGGAAACUGGAAAUGUCAUUUCCAAGUGGCCGGAUCGGCAGCACAGACCCCGGAUUCCUGAACAAAUGCUACGACUGGGUUAACGACUCGUACUUUGGCGACUGCUAUUUUGAAUAUUCAGCAAUGUGUGAUUGGUGUUCUUUGAUAGUUCUUUAUGCCCGCCAUGAUUUGCUACCAACGGUAGCGAAAGAAACUGCAACUACAGUAGCAGUAUUAAACUACGUUCGCAUAGCUUCUGAAUGAGUUUUUUCUUCUAUCUGCAAACACCACAUAUCGCAAUAUUACUUUUUCUCAUGGAUUUUCGAUGCAUCUAUAUAACAAAAUAUAUUUUAUGGGAAACAUAUGCAAAAAUAUUCUAUUUGCACUCACUGGGUAGCACAUUAACCUUCAAGGCGCAGGACGGUGACUUGAGCGUGAAUUAGUUUAUAAUAAUAGUAGCCUCGAGCAACAUCCACCAUGCUCUCCUCCUCUCCCGCCGCGGCUGUUGUCAGGACAGAACCAAGAAGACCGGAGACGGGGCCAGGCUCAGGUGGCUGGGAGGGAGUAAACCCGCACGUACAGUAGGUGGGCUAACUCAUGAAAUGUUAACCAAAAUACCGAAAUGCGUUUUCGUUUCAAAAGGAUUAUUUAAGUAGGCUUGUAAAACAGAUCAUUGUGCAGUGUCAUUCUAUAAUAAUUCGGUUACCCCAGGAUGCCAGCUAUCGAAAUAACUUCUUUCCGGCUUCAUGCCGAAACUGCAUUCUGUACAAAAUGACUGCUUAUGUAGCAUGCACGUUUCUCAUUAAUUUCAAUGCCCUUAAAAAUUUAAUUAUAUUUCAUAGAAAACACGCAUAAAAAUAUUCAGUGGGAAAUUACGCAUCCUUUCACUUCCAUACCCGAAGGGAGAGUAUAAUUAGAUUUUAAAAACUUUUCUAACUCCACAAUAAUUUUAAACCUAAUCUGCCGUUACCCUUGCAUACAGGGUUUGCAAACUACAGGCCGCGUAUUUUCUGCGUACGCAAAACCAUACAUUUCUCUACGGUAUUAAGAGGAGACCAUAUGGGGUUCAUAAAAUGUGGCAGUGGAUUUAAGCCAUAUUGCUAACCUUACAAGGCACAUUCGUAAACGUACAAAGAUGACGUUUUAUGAAUGGCUAUUUCACACAAUUAAAAAAUCAUACAUUUAGAAACUUUUUAAAAACCCAUUUAUGCUUUUCCUUCGUGUAUAUUCGUGAAAGGAGGCGUGAUUUCCUACCGAAUAAGCAGAAGACUGAAUAUUUUUAUGCAUGUUUUCUAUGAAAUAUAAUUGAAUUUUUAAAGGCAUCGAGGUUAAGGAGAAAAGUGCAUGCUACAUAAGCAGUCAUACUUUACAGAGUGUAGUUUGUGCAUGAAGCCGGAAAGAAGUUAUUUCGAUAGCUGACAUCUUGUGAUAACCGAAGUAUUAUAGAAUGACGCUGCAAGAUGAUCUGUUUUACAGGCCUACUUAAAUAACCUUUUUGAAACGAAAACGCAUUUCGGAAUAUUGGUUGACAUUUCAUGGGUUAGCCUACCAAUUGUAGAUGUGUCAUCACAUACUCCGAUAACGCAUAACAUUCUCUUCAAAUAUCACCACUUGAAGAAAGGAUGUCUUUCGGUUUGAAACGAAAUUUCCAUCCGUACAACCAUGCAUCCCCACGUUCAUUAAUGCUGCUUCUAAAGAGUAGUUUAUGUCCAUCCCAAUAUUCCAUGAGCCCUAUAUGGCAUUGUUAAUAACGUCGACAAAUGUGUGGUUUUCCAUACACUGUGAUAUGGUGUAAAUAUCUUCGACUUAUUCGGCCAAACAAUUAAUAGUACAAGCCAACCUAGGUAAUAAUUUUUGACUGAAAAUAAGUUUCAGAGUCUAGCUUAUCAUUUCCUGAAGUACGCCAGCCAGUUGGCGUAUACGCUAUCAGCCAUGAAACAUCGACACAUGUUGUCGCUCAGGGAUUCAUGUGAAAGAUAGCACUGAGGUGCGGUUCCACUUUGAACUGGUACCAGACGCAGUCGCGGGUAAUUUCUUGGGCGGAUGCGUGUUGGCGUUCGUGUUCAGCAUAAGGCCCCUUAUUAAUAGAUUUUUAUUUCAGUAGCAUAAGUCCUCCCGCGUCAUUAAAACGGGCCAUACAACAGAUACCCUGGACAAACACCGGGGCUAGAUCGUGUUCCAGCAGACAUCCCCGGGAAUGCACACCCAUAUCAAAUGCUAAAAACGGGGAUGUGGAAGCAGGCCCCAACAAGAGGGAUAGGAGACGUCCCCCUAUUUUUCUUGUGAUAUAGAAUCCUGGUCUCCGCCGUGUCAGCCUCCGGCCGUUUUACACCGGGUCCAGGUUAGGUAGCAGAGAGUACGUUAGAUCCCACGCAAGCCCACUGCCACUAUAAGCCAAUUCUCGCGCAAGCCCGGUCCCUGCUCUCACGCUCCUGCAGAGCCCACGAUUGGUAUCGCCGAUCACGACGACCGAACUGUCAUGAGUCCUCCAACGGGAGAUUUUCGCAUGCAGCCGCCAAUCUGUCCAAAUUCUGUUGCACGCGCGUACUCGCUUGAGAUCACGAGCAUUUGACACGCUACCAGAAUGCAGGGCGUCUGAUCAGACUGAAUGAGCGGAGCGUUGAGGGCAGCUCUCGUUUCAACCGGUGACAGAUAUUCUCGAGAAGUUAACUUGAAUAGACGCCUUCAGGUUGAAUUUCAUUACUGCCUAUUGGUCUUUGAGAUUUCUAUUUGUCCUUACUCUUUCGGGAUUGCACUGCUUCGCAUCCUCCCUUAUUAUCAGCUUUUGUGUUUUCUCCCUCCAGGGAAUCCUACCUAUGCUACUUUCACUGGAUCAAUGCAGACAGCUUUGUGACGGGUUGGGUUAAUCGAGAGUGGUCUGAGUCUUGGAUUGUGGUGGGAGACUGCACAUCGAGGAGUAUGCGUUUGGUGAGCAAGUCAGCUGAUUUUUGUCAGUUGUCGGGUACUUUAUGAUAAUUCCUUCCAGUGCUGGUUACUGUGUCAACGUUUUUCUGUCAAUAUCUUCCUGGUUUUGACUGUUCUGCCGAACGUUUCAUUUGCAACGCCUCAGAAUGUCACUUGACUUUUGUAAUUUCAGGUCUACGCUGAAAAGGUUCAGUUCGGGUGGACCAACAUGGUAAGCCCAAUUCCGGAACCUGUAUUUACAGUGGCUGCCCCAUUUCAUGUAAUGUUUUUAAUAUUAGAAAGGGUUACUUAUGCAAGGUUAGUAUAAAGAUUAUGGGUGGCUUCUGAAUGAGCUUAUUUUCGGUCACUUGCAAAACUUACACUCCCCAAAAAUGGUCAUUUAAGUUGUCGAUUUUUGACGUUCUUUAUGGAGAAAAUGAACAAACGUUUCUUUAAUGGACUUGUCUGGUAAUGAAUAACCUUUCCUUUAAAUCUUAUACUUGGGUAAGGUGUAUCUUUGGAUUUCAAAGAAUCUUUUUAGUUCUCAAAUAAUUUUGGAACAGAACGAUCGUUGCGAUUUAGCCUGGGCUUUCCAAACCACACGCUGUGUACUUUCUUUUAUCUCCUUGAAAAGUGGCAGAAAGAGGUCAUGGGAGUUUCUAAUUGAUAAAAAUAAAAUAAUAUGUGAACAGAUUCAAUGUUCUUAAAAAGUCUCAAGCCUUGAAUUUCGAAGAUGUUGAUUUCUACCAACUGGGUAUAAUAUAGAGUAAUUGAAAAAUAUUUCUGCAUACUUUUUCUGUAAGAUAUAUUUGAACAUAUACGGACAUCGAAAAUCCGUGUGAAACACUCGUACCGAAUAAGAAGUCACUCUUUACUGUGCCUAGGCUUUGCAAGUGGCGGGAAAAAAUCUUGUUCAAAAGAUGACACUCUGGCAUGGCCGUAAUAUCUUGCGAUUAUGUCGCUCGACAACUAAUAUUACAACCCCGCCUAAGUGCUCCUUAUCGAAAUUCCGUUUCCGAAUUUCGGUCUGCUUUUCAUAAUAUGCGCCGGCCAUCGUACUGCUGAGUUGUUUCUUCGUUUCACUUUUAAGCGCGUUUCAAGUUUAUGCUUUUUUCACUCAGCCAAUUCAACCUUUGAACAUGCCCGUGAUUGAGGAUGGCGGACAGUCCCUUCUCAUUGUUGCUCCGAACUACUACAGCAAACCAGUCUACCGUGGUAUAGCUCGCUUGUUUUUGGUAAGAACUGUUAGCUGAAAAUAGCCGUCCUGUGUUUUUCAUAUCUCCGCCUUCCGUUUGCUUGCAUCCCCCUAGUCUAAUUACCAACAUCCGCGAGCAAUGUUCACUUUUUACUGGAAGUACAUACUCGUCUUAUUGCAUCUCGGGGUUCAGAUAGGUGUCCUCGCAGGCAUUCGCAGGAGAUCGGGAUGGCCAUUCCUGUCUCCUUUGACAUUGUAAGUACUCUAGCGACUAACUGGCAUUAACGCAUCGUCCCAUUCAAUAAGCCCUUGUAUGGGCUGCGAAAAUAGUCGGAAGAGCGGUAUCCUUCCCAGCUAACUGGUUACGUCUAUGCAGUUUUAGUUCUUGGCACUUUAAUUACUGACAGAGGGCACUUUCUGGAUGUACUGCGGUGAUCCUGCUCUGUAUUAAAUGUGUAAAGCUGCUUCUGGUGCAUUCAAGUUGGGGCAAAGUUAUUGAAUCAAUUGUGUUGAGGUGCGCUCACUUUCUUUCAUUACGAUUGCUUUCCAAAACCUUCUUUGAAACUUGCAUUCAGUUUGCUAGAUGCUAUUCUGUUAUCAUGGGCUUUCCCGACUUUCAGAACGAAUCCAGGGUCACCCUUCCUCAGUAUCCACAAUGGGUACACAUUCCAGACUACGAUGUGAAAGACAUACUCUAUUCUUACGGUGAUGGGGAGGUCUUGUAUCUAUCUAGUGGACCAGAUCCUAAGGAGAUGCAUCUUUUCAUGUGAGUACCCUCCCCUGGAAGUUUGCCUCCUUGUGGACCAAUCGUUACAUACCUGUCUACUUGGACAUUUAAGUAGGCGUUUAUUUUAAUCUCUGAUUUUGUCGGCUUUUUCUCCCAAAGGUCAGUAAACAGCACAUCAGCCAUCUGCCUCACAUGUGAUGAUCCUAAAUGCAGCUUUAGUAGCGCCAGGGUCUCUGAAGACGGCCAGUUAGUUCUGCAUGAGUGUCAGGGUCUUGACGUCCCAACCACUGAGCUCAAACGUAUUCGACGCUCAAAAUCCCCCACUGAAGGUACGUUUUUCGGUCCUCUCGAUCUGAAUGCUCAGCAUCACUUUAGCCAGCAGUUUUUCUAAACUUAGCCGUCAAUGUCUCGUUUGGAUGGUCAGAUCUUUUGACGAAGGUUAAGCAAGCGCAAAUGUUUACCAGAUGUCCUGUAAAUGAAUGGAACUUCUCAAUUUUUUUCCGUACUCUCAUCAAGCUUUGCCUGUAUAGUUGGUUGUCUCUACUCAACGCUCUAGUUCUCUGGUAAUUCUAAAAAACAUAUGUGCGUCAGUGUGACGGAGUUGCACAUUUGUAGGAAAGACAACAGAUAUCUGAGGAAUCGAGUCGACUAUGCAUUGUACAUAGAUCUUCCCUGUACGUUGCAAGUUCAUGUCUACUGCAACUAAAACGUUGUCUUCUGGUCCAUUGGUUCUAUAUCGUCAGAGAAGGUGUGAGACUGGAUCCGGUUCAUAUAAUGGGGACCAAUUCGCCAUUUUUGGCCCGCGUAGAUGAGCUGCCUGGGUUUGUCAACCAGUGCGUCCCAAUUCACCUCCAGUCGUCUUGGCAGUGUCUUGUCAUCGGAAGGAGGUGUAUGAGAGGUGAGAUAGACGCUGCGCAGGUCGCAUUCAUGCCCAAUCAUAGGCCCACCCCAUGGGACACACAGUGGACGUCAUUGCUCGCAAUGGUUGGGGACUGUCUUCGGGGUGUUUAGUCAGAUGGUUAGGUAGGCACAGAAUCAAGUCCAGGCAUCGCCAGCUCGGAGAGUGGCUGGCUUCACUUAAACUAAUUCCCGUGCAGGCCGCUGUUCUGCGUCAACUCGUGUGGCACACGGUGGCCGUUGUCGUUUACGACUUGUGGUGGUUAUGCGGUGAGAAUGUGUGCAGUCUGAGCGCUACAAUAAUCAGGGCAAAACCUAGUGUUGGAAGGGAGAAGACGGAAGGCACCAGAAUGAAGAGUUUAUUGUACACAAAACCCAGAGUUGUCCUCUCAGGCGGCAGUGGCCACUGGCGAAGCCAGGACUGGUGUUGACUGUGUCAGUCAUGCCUCAGUGUCCUUGCGACAGUGGCGGCAGCCGUUUUUGUAGGCUCGUGGGCCAAGCUCAAGUGCUGUGCUGCAUUUGCCGAGGGGUGGUGUCCCAGUGGCUUAGGCUGUGGUUGCAGGGGGAGGUGCGUUCAAGUGGCCGUAUGAGCAGUUGCGGCAGUGCGGACGCUGGUAUACCCGAUUUGUCGGUCGUGUGACUUCCGGUCAGCGCGUCUGAAACGGUUCACUGCAAAGGGUGAAUGGCCUUGAGGCAGCGAGGUCUUGAACAGUGACGCCAGACCGGUCAUGAUGGCUGCCCACUACAGACUGUCUUAAUUUUGCGGCCUGGCCUACCUAUACGUUGACAUCCGGUGAUUCAACACAUGAAAAUAGUAUGUUCUGUGAUAGGGCAUGCUUUACUCGAUUACAGCCACCAUGGAACACUCCAUUGAAUGAGAUCAGUGUACUUUCGGAGUUUAAAUUCUAGCCAAGUUGACACUUCAGCAGAGCUGAGAUGAUAACUGCAGGCCUGUCCUCAUUUAAACUAUAUUAUGGCCGGUUAGCUUUGCUUGAAGAUGCUUCCGCAGGCUAUUUUAUUUGAAGUUGAUACCAGAAGUGCGAUCAUUGUCAACUGACUUUCCCCUAGGUCAAGCUGUAUACCUCGAAACCGUCGCUCUCAUUUCAAACAAUUCGAUCCUGAAGGAGGCAUAUGCCAAACGCGCGAUGCCCGUGACAAAGUUUGAACAGGUAACCAUCCGGCGCGGAACAAAGGAGGAACUCACUCUCGAGGUUAAAUUCAUGCAUCCGCCGGAACUGGUGGAGACGCAUAUCGUCACCUAUCCCCUCCUCCUCGUCACGUACGUUUAACAGUUUUCAUCGUCUGCAAAUGCUGACUGCCUGCCUGCAUGCAAUGGUUCAAUAGAAAUUACAUUUUCUUUUCAGGUACGGUGGUCCGGUGUCGCAGAUGGUAACCAAAAAGUUAACAAUCGAUUGGUACACCUACCUGUGUGCGACCUUGAAGUUUGUGAUCGUGUCAAUUGAUGGUCGUGGGACCGGCAGCCGAGGAAAGCGAUUUGAGGCAGAAAUCUUCAAGAACUUUGGUACGGUUGAGGUGCGAGACCAGCUCGAUGGCUUGAGGUGCGAUUUUGUUUCCGCUCUGUUUGACCGCACCAUGUUGCAAACGGCGCUUUAAAAGAGUGCAGUUUAGAUAAGUGAAAAGAAAGUAGUAAAGAGAAUGUCUGACCCGAGAUCCUAAGUCUUCUUAACACCUCAGCUUGUUACUUCUUAAACGUCUAAGUGAAUACAUCAGACAGUUAGUUUAGCAGGGACUUAUACCCGAUUAAUCCUUUUUUACUCUACUUUCAUAGGCAAAUCGUCAGCACCCACAAAUACAUAAACAAGACAAAACUCUGCAGUUUUGGAUGGGUUCGUCUUUGCACAACUUUAAUACCUGUCAUUUGAAUUGCUCUACUUUGUUUCUUUGUUGCCUUUCCUGUGUGUCCAACGAUGUUAGAUUACUGGACUAAGAGACUAUUUUCCGCAAAAUGCCGUCAGGUAGCCCUUUUUAACAGCUGAACUUUUUAAAAUAAUAAUGCCCACUGUCACUAGUUGGAUUGCGUAAAAGCAGUCGACUCCCUGGACAAACUAAAUUACACGAGUCGGCGCUUACCCUAGAGAAUACGGGAACAUCUCCCGGCAUUUCUGGGAAAAGGCGAAACGAUGUGGAUAAGCCGCGCCAUUCUCGCGCAUGUUGUCGAUUCAGGCCAUUGUGUGGAUCCCAAAGAAGCUUUUCGUGUGAUUUAUAAGGUCCCAUCGAGCUAACCUAAGGUCCUAGGCCGAUGCCUGUUAGCGACAGUAGAAGCGAUCGCCAUCAGGUUCCGAAAGCCAAUCUUAUGCGCACAGAAGAACCGCGUUCAGGCUCCGCGUCUAGAUUGGUCGAACGUCGACUAACGCUGCAACUCUCCGCGCCCUUCCGCUUUCACCCCGCCCCUGACACUGACUGCUAUUACCCCCCCCCCCCCCCCCCCUCCCCCACAUUCCCACACCCCGCCUGUCUUUUAAAGAGAGCUUUUAUCGAUUUCUCUUAUCACCGACAUGUUUUUCGUCUACUCCGUUCCCACAUAACUGUGCUGGCCCGACGAGAAUUUGUCGAAAACUACGUAUGCUCGCCACCUCGUAUUCUGAUUACUGCUAUGGGAAUUUUCGAAACUUUACAAUUCUGAAAAUUGUAUCCUUAAGUUCAUAUUCGAAGUUCGUUGUACGUUUUGUGUGUUGGUCCUCUGUUUGGGAGUGUCAUUGUCGGCAGAGGCGCGCCAUAUUACUGCAGAUGCUGUUGAGAUGGCUGAUGUCAUGGCGUAUCGAAGGAGAGUUAAUAGCUCAACUUAACUGUUCAAGGAUAAGCUGACGCAUGUGUCUUACAAAGUCAGGUUUUACGAAAUUGUCGGUUUGACGAAGACAAAAGAUCAAGGAAAGUCCACUUCAGUAUCGCAUCCUGCCGUCGGUAAGAUUUCGUGAUUAUUGAUUGGUCAAAUCUCUGCGAUCACCUGGACCUGCCUGUCAAAAACACCAUUAUAGUAGGCGGAACAUCCAGAUGAUCCGGCUGAGGAACUAGUUCAAGACUAACGUCUGCCGAUUUGAUGGAAUAGGGUGAAGGUAGAGUUCCUUUUCUCUUUCCAGAACGGUUAGUCUUGCCAUCAUGCGGACAAACGAUAUCUCAACCUACAGGAAUUAUCCAUGUAAACAAAGAAAGUCCAAAGCGUAAACGGUAUAAUGGUGAGAAGAUGAGGAUAUAGAAAUGGGGAACAAGAAGCGUCAGAGGUGCGGGUAAGUCUUGUGGGACAGACGAGAGGGGGAAAACGCUUGGAGAUGGUUUAGGUGGCACGAUAUCCACAGGUUCCUGGACGGUAUCCGGACUUAUCCCUCUGUCCUCAUCUGAAAACGCCAAAAGGGAAGACGCACACUCAAUCCACGAUACUAAACGUCCGCCUCUUUUUCCCGCUGCCCGUUUUUCUGUCCCUUCUAAACAAAGCCUGUCUUUUCGGGUCUUUCACUAUAAUGCAAUGUCUGCAAUCGCAGUUCGGGUACGCUGGUGUACGUUAUUCUGGCUCAUUUUUGAAUUCUCGUAAUUGUUCGAGCCCAUAAGAACCACAGUGUGAUUGCAAAGGUCCAGCCGAUUUUCACUGCAAAAGAGGAUGCGCUAUUUAAAUACUCAAGUUUACCUUCUCCGUGCCUUGGAAAUAACGAGCUAAAAACUCCAUAGAGGAGAUUGUUUUCUUUUAAUGAACGAUGCACUACAAUGUCAUUCUGGUUGCAUGUUCCUUGUUUACCUUCUGUAGUCCUACGGAGGGUUUACCGUUGCAAACCUGCUUGGACAUCCCGAAAAUUCUUUCCUCAACUGCGGGGUCGCGGUCGCUCCGGUGACCGACUUUAGAUUGUAUGGUAGGCAAAUCCCUUUUUUGCCCUCUCCUUCCAUUCAGCACCCUAUUUUUCCCCAAGUCCUUGCCUCUGUCUACUUCUCUAGCACAGUGAGUUACCGAUCUCAUGAAAUGUUGGCUGAAAUUAUGAAAUGCGUUUUUGCUUGAGAAGGAUUAUUCAGGCACGCUUACAUUACUUAUCUUGCAACAUAAUCCUAUAAUAUUUCGGACUCGGCAGGAUAUCAGCUUUUGGAUGCACUGUUUUUUCGUCUCCUUAAGAAACCGAAGUUGACAAGAAAAUGACUAUUUGAGUAGCAUGCAUUUUUCACAUUGAUUUUUGAUGGUCUUACAAAUUCAAAUAUAAGUCAUAGAAACCACGAAAAAAUAUGCUUUCUUUCAGUCUUUCAGAAAAUCACAUCAUCGUUGUAUUUUAUGCUCGAAGGAGGGGUAUAGUAAGGUUUUAAAAAGUUUCAAAUUAUUUAAUUUUUUAAGACCGUCCAAUGACCAUUCACACAGCAUUGUACUAGUUCAUUUACCACUGCUCCACAUGAAAUGUACAACAUGGUCCACAUCCAUUGCAAACUGUUAUGGACUCUAUAUGGUAUCUUUGUAAGGCAUAGAAGAAUAUUUGAUUUUCUUUACGCGAAAUGCAUGCACCUUGUAGACUGAAAGCACCUAGCUAUAAUGCGACGGCCGAUCAAGCUCUAAAUUAUUCGGGAAUUAGAAAACUUUAAACAUAAUUAUACUUCGUCUUCGAGUGUUAACUAUAAAUAUCACUUGAUUUUCCACCGAACGAAUGAAAGAAAACAUAUUUUGUUAGGGGUUUCUAUGAAAUAUAUUUAGAUUUGCAGGUGCAUCAAAAAUCAAUGUGAAAAAUGCACGCUAUACAAGUAGCCAUUUUCUUGCCGAUUUCGGUUUCUACAGGAGACAAAAACGCAGUGCAUUCAAAAACUGACAACCUGCAGAGUCCGAAAUCUUAUAGGAUUAAGUCGCAAGAUAAUUAGUAUUGCAACCGCGCCUAAAUAAUCUUUCUUAGUCGAAUACGCAUUUCAUAAUUUCAGCUAACAUUUCAUGGGAUCGGUUAUUCACUGUAUCUCGUCUUUGGGAAGCAGCUCUGUUGACGCGAAAUUCUGCGUACUCUGGAAACAGGGAUUUUGUGACCGGUCUGUGCCCACUGAGUUAGUAUUUCAAGAACUGCAGCAAAUGUCAGAACGGGUUUGAAUCUGAGAACCCGGGGUAAUUUAUUUGGACAUUUAGCCGUUUGUGUGGGCAUUCAUGUGUAGUCUAUCAGAUCCACAGUGUCUCUACCAUGAACUCAUGUCAAAGACCUAGGCGUCUGCAAUCAGAUCCGCUAAGAUAACUUUCCUUUCGCUCAACGUGCAUAUUGAUUUUUUCAGAUUCGGCAUACACAGAGAAAUUUCUCGGGCUAUUCACCGAAAAUAGCCACGAGUAUAUGGUAUGUUGCCCGUCUUGUGAACCUCUUUUUGUCGUCUUUAAAUCAAUCUUUGUAAACGUACUCACUGAAAAAAUUGCCGUUGUGUGUAAACCGUUUAAUAAAUUAAAUCUUAUUCUCUUUUUAUUUCCUUCCAGCGUACCCGGGUUUCACGGCUGGCCGCAAACUUCCGGUCUAAAGACUUCCUCAUCGUACAUGGCAUGGCCGAUGGUAGGCGUGCUGCAGUGGUUUAACUCUCUCAUCAAUAUUAACUGGAGCUGUGGGUGUAAUAGUUGGUCCGAUUUCCCACCACGACCAGCACCACUAUUAGCCUGACCACCACCAUCACCACCACCGCCGCCGCCGACGCCGCCAUCAUCAUCAUCGACUUAACACACUCCUCCCCAUAUAUUUUAGAACGUGUUGGCUUUAAAUAUCGUAAUGUUUUUCCCACUAGGAAUGCCUGUUCCGUCCUCGGUAACUGUCAAAUUGCGACUUUUCUCUGAUAACGUCCGGAUGGAUGCCACAUUACAGUACGAGAAUUCGGUUACAUUGCAAUUAACAAGAUUUCAGCGCGUGGAAAAGUUCCGCCCGCAAGAGAGUCUGAUCAAUCCGCUAAUGGUUGAACUGAUGAUUCAACUGCUUAUAGGUCUGAAUGAUGUGUUGGGUUAACUGCACACAGACCAGAGGCAAUCAUCAGGCAUCAGGUAAUGAAACUAAAAGACGCGCUGUCACGACAUGAAACUUCUGGAGUCGUUUAUCUGGUCUAGUGCAGUUGCGGUCAAAGCAACUACGUCGGAGAAACCGGAAGACAACUCCGAACGCGAAUGGCCGAACGCACUGCAGCGGUGCGGAGGAAUGACGCCAGCUCUCAAGUUGCGGCUCAUUCGCAAAAUCCGGCCACAUUCGAAUUCGACGAGGCCAACAUUCUCGCUAGAGGUGACAACCACAUAAGCCGGGAGCUGAUUGAGCCAUGGUUCACUGACCCCCAGUCCAUUGACAAGCGCAAUGAGCUUCCCAUUCCAUACUCAGUGUUGAGACUUCGCAUAGGCGGAGUAAUUAGUCACGCGGGAAACGAACGGGUGGACACUUUUCCCAACCCCAGGGUCGGUGGAUCAGAUGGCGAGCAAUCAUCACACCAACAUCCAACGCGCGUGAGGAAAUUGCAGCAAUUAAAGACGCGAAUGUCGGCCAUCAAACAGUCAUCCCACCAAGUGCCACGAUCCCUGAUGGAGGGGGGAGCCGUGAGUAUUCAUAGGGAUGCGGUAGCAUAGCGACUGCAUCCUACAAAUACUGCAGCCACUGGCGCAUGAACCACCCGUACCUGCUUUUGUCUCUGGUGACGGAUUCGAGCAAGAAUCCAAAACGUCAGGCAAGCAAAGCUCUUAUUCCAGAGAUCAUGCCUCCUGCAUAACUGCUUCGAUCUUCAACCUAUCGGGACCAGACGCUGAUGUGACAUGUUUGAGAAUUUGGACGGCAUUACAAAGGAUUUCUUAAGGCAAUGGCUUAUGAAAUUUGUACGCAGAACGUUUUCGGCUGUUAAAACUUUGUUUAAAAGAGGUUUCUUGGAUUAUUGAGCUGAUCUGUUAACGCAAGGGUGAGAACGAGAAUUCGCAGGCCGGGUAAUUUGUUGAUAAUUUUGAGUGCAGGUCAAGUGCGCGCUUGUCAAUACCGAAACCUUUUGAGUUUGUCAUGUACUAUCAUUUGAAAAGUUCUUAGCGUCAGUAAAGACUGCAAGUUAUAGAAUUGGUCUGUAAUCAACCUUUCAUAAUUGAGCUUAAUAGAUAUUUCUGUACAUUGACAACAAUUUGAGGCAUUCAGUUAAUCUGCAAGGUGUUUGAAGACACUGCCAUGAUAACUGGUGUUUUGUUUUUUUUUCAUGCCUUGUUUUACAGACAAUGUGAACUUCAUUCAUUCCGCUCUCCUGGUGAAGGAACUCGUACGACAGGGUGUCGACUUCCAGAUGAUGGUAUGGUUUUCCUUCCGAAAUGUUCAAAAGGGCUUGUAGGACUGCUCUGCCCUGUUUAUUCAGGAUCUUGUAACGGAAAUCUGUUAUGAUCACAUCUGUGGGACUUUAGGCAAAAGUCGUUAAAUGAGGGUGCACAGCUAAAUGAAUGUGGAUCAUGAUUAAGUGGGUCGGUGCACGAUUUGUAUGCCGUUGCACUUGAAGUUCCGUUCUCGAUUACCUAAGUCGGUUCAGACAAACACAGAAUCCUGAUUAUUCAUUUUCAGUCCUCUGCCACAACAUUUCGUAUAGUUGAGCAGUGGUCAGUCCUGAUUACACCGCAUCAACCUGCACUGCACCUAAACUCCCAACGCCAAAUGGUUGACGGGCUCGGACAGUCUACUGAUGCAUGGGAGAAUUCAUCCCCAUAGCACAUCAACGCAUUCUUCACAAUGCGCUUGAAUCUACCAAGACGCACGAAUAGUUUUAGCUUGCAGCGUUGUUAGCUGACGAGAUAACCCGCUGCAGAGGCUGCUUGUCAAUUUGGCCUUUAUGACACUCUCCCUUUUGUGAGAUCCCAUCGGACUUUGUAGUUUGUAAGUCAUCGAUGUUGCCCAUAAUUCGUGAGACACGCGACGGAUAUCGUCGCUAAUGGCGGUCGAAUUAUUGUCUGUGCAUAGUUGACAAAGGAGUAGAGAUGGCGCAUUCAUGGACCAUACUGUAUUUGAGCUGACGUUUCGGAAACUUCUUCGCUUCCAUCAUCAGGUUAGUGUGCGUGUUGCUCCUGUCAGUCUUAAGUUUUUUAGUCUUCUCGCUUGCCUUGUAUUAUAGCUAUGCUCGACGCACGAACCUUGACCUGCCUGUUUGCUGCUGACUGGCUUAGACCUCCCUGGGGCUGACCGCUGACAGGCUUGCGUGACCUUUGUUGUCUUUGGGGUCGGCGCAGUUGCGGUCAAAUCGGCGUGUCUGUUGGCCUCUCCCACGCCAACCUGCUGACUGAUCAGUCGUUGCUGUUCAUGUGAGUAGCGUUCAGCUUCGCGGGCGCAUCGGUCAGACAGAGUUCGGCCUGGUCACAUGACUUCUGCCCCCAAUUCCGCUCUUUUCCGUGAGCGUUGACUCUCGGUUCCGCAUGCUCGCUCGCGUCUACUGUAAAUCCCAUUCAAAGCGAGAACUACAGUUACUUCUUUUAAACUCAAAGUUUCUCUUACAGCAUUUGUUUUUCUUCAACAAGGUUUUCGCAACAGUCCCCUUCUCCUUGCUUAUUUAUGCAUUUUUUGCGUCUUUUUUACGCAGUUCUAUCCGGACGAUAAUCACUUCAUCAUUCAAAAACACUUUCGCCAACACCUGUGGCGAACAGUCGUCAACUUUAUUGUGGACAGUGUCAAUCGGACAUCUUUUCGGCACCAAAAGCUGCUAGGGUCUACCUAG